AUGCGACUGCAGUCCUCAGUAAGAUGGUCAGUCGAAAGUCGACCUGCUGGUAUUCAAAUGCAGGAUUUCCAAAUAAGAAAUGAAAGUCAAGUCUUGUCAGCCAAGUGCGGAGGAAACUGUGGCAAGUGUAGCCCGACUGGAGAUAUGUUGAUUGAACCGUUACACUGUGGUAAGAAUUUGAAUUAAAGGUUACACGACGCAAUAUUUUCUGCAGCUUGCAACGCAGUUUCGGAUACAGAGUCAGUCAUGUUACGUGCGUUGACAAACUGCGAUUUGUCUUGGUCGUGGCUCAUGGAUGGACUAGAGGCAGGUUAAUUUUCAAGAUGGCCGCCAUGAGUUUUUAAGAUCAUUAAAACGUAAAAAGUCAACAACCAGCCACUUGCAACAAUACUAGACCUUACCCUCACCCCACAACCAACUAACUCUAAUCCUAACCCCAAUGCACAUGUGGAAUACUGACGCAAACUCUUAUUUCAGUUUUGGAACCAUUUCGUAAACUACCUCUCGUCCAUCCCUUUUAGACAUUACCGCUUUGUCUUGCCGAUUUCAGAGGCACGUAAUAGGUGGCGAACAACAUCCGUCGACCUCACCAACCGAUAAUAUUCGUCAUUAGCGUUAUAACCUAAAGUCAGCCCGACAAUCGUAGUGUAUAAACGUGCCUGAAAAAGUAGUCAGCAGGGAAAUUUUGAGCAUAGCUAAAUAAAUCUACUCUCAACCAACACUUCCGUUAUACAUAAUAUACUCUUAAGGUAUGAAAAAUGGGUCAUGCUUCGCAUGCAGACAGCAUGCAUGAGUCCAUGUCUGAAAUUGUUUUGCAAGUUGCAGCAUAAAUUGCCUUAAGACUAAGAAUACAGGAUGUCCCAUGCAAAGAGGUUUGGUUGCACAGUAGCUGUGCUUUUCUCCUCCGACUGGAGAUCUUGUUCUCUAGUAUACAAAAUGUUCCAGGUUUUGUCAGUGAACCUUGUCGGACUUCUAUCGCUAGUGGGAACAGAUUAGAACUUCUGUGUUUGUUUGAGUUGCAUGUGAGGAGAGUGCUUCCAGUUCGACGUUACAAAACACCACAGGUUCUCUCCAGGAACUCCAGUUUCCUCCUCUAGUAACACCGCCGGGAUCACAAAAGUUGACUAAAAUUGUCCUAUCAGACUAAAAUUUCUCUGUAAUUAAAGUUAAUUUAGAUUUCCUCCAGUAGUAACAUUGCAGAAAUUAACUAUAGGAGCAUUCGUACCUCGAAGGCAAACAGCUUAGAACUAAGGGCUGUCCAAUAAGUUAAAGUUAAGUUUGUGUAACACUGGAUGAUUAUUACUGGAUCUUUAGAACUGAUAGAGAUAUUCAGUCUGAAUAAAUCUAGCUUACGUCGGGUUUCCUCCUUUGAAUAGGCCAGGAACCUUACAAUGUGGGACGGCAGCGUGACGACGACGGCUAUUCAUACAAUACGAUUCAUAAUAUUUAAGGAGAAAAAAAUUAAUAUCUCACAGGAGUUUGAGACGUUAUCAACAGUCUGUUUACAACGGGAAACUACACUUUUACGUCUUGGAUAAAACUCCUGCAUUUGAAGACACGAGAAGUGAUACUCCGCAAAUUAGCUCAGUACUACAGUCGGAACUUGCUGCCGUCCUACAUCGUAAGGUCUCUAAUAACACUGGACCAAUAAGAGAUAACCGUUAGCUAUCUUUACUAGACCUUCAUGGGAAGAGCAGUUGAGAACUUCUAAUUUUCCAAGAUAAAUGAAGUUAGUUUAGUUUAGUUUAUCUAUGUGUUUCUUUAUUCCUAGGCCCAUGUGAUGGAGUAUCCUGUGACUUCCAUGGCACAUGUCAACAUGAACCGUUAUCUUUCUCAGGAUUUCGCUGCGCAUGUCCAAACUGUACGACAGAAAGACGCACAAUUACAGACAGUAGGGUGUGUGGUAGUGAUGACAUCACUUAUGAGAGCGAAUGUUUCAUGAGGAAGAAUUCUUGUCUGAAAUUGAUAAAGAUCACGAUUGCCUACAGAGGACCUUGUAGUAAGUGGAGCCAUGUUUUACUUUCUAGCUUAUCUGAAAACAAGCAAAAUGCUUCGAACUUCGAAGUAGCAAAAACAAAUGUGGCUAAUGUUGUUUAUGUUGUUGCUACCCGAUUCACAACGUUAGAUAACUCGCAUGCCCAGUUACUAUUGCUCUAGUUUGUAUAGGAAAUUACACGGUUCGAGAAGUAUUAUUUAAAACAUGACCAGCAGUGUUUUAUCAGAUAUAAAGAUACGAGGUGAAGCUGAGUUUCUUUAGGUCUGAUAAAACACGCACUGCGAAUGUUUUAAAUUGCUUCAAAAACGAUCAAUCUAGUAAGAUUGAUAAAAAAAUAGGUUGUGUAAGUCGAAAAAGUCAAAAUUAAAGUUUACGUAAAUCAAGGGAAAUCUCUAUCACGUAUAAGGAUACGACACGCUUAUGAUUUUUCUUUGUGUUUUCCUCAUAAAUUAUUAAUGAGUUUUUGAAUAAGAUUGAAAGUACUUGGAUAUCUCUAGUGAAUUAGUCGCAUCGUCUCAUUUUAUCACCGUGCUGUCUCCUUAUGGAACGAACUCCUAGAGAACAUUAAAUGUAGUUUAUCAGUUAAUAAUUUACACUCGAUAAUUUCUUUCUACAAGACCCAUUAUUUUUACCAAAUGCUGACCCUCCAAUAUCCCUCUAUUUCACUCAGUAACCAAAAGGGAAGAGGUUUAUCACAUCUUCAUUCAUUUCUACUGUUUAACUUUCUGCAGAUCCUUGUGAAAACAUCACGUGCGCGAACCAUGGUUUGUGCAAGAGAGAUGCAAACUCCGUGAGUGGAUAUCGCUGUGAAUGCCGGGAAUGUACACAUCAUGAAAACACAGUCGUGGUGUGCGGCAGUGAUCGCAGGACGUAUCGGAGCAAAUGUGAAUUGAAACGUGAGUCGUGUCGGAGUAGGAGAUAUAUCACCAUCCGUUACCUUGGUCGAUGUGGUAAGUUGUUGUUGCGAGUCAUGUAGUUUGACUCUACCAUAUAUGACUCUACCCACCGCAGAUUACUUCGGGUACACACGUAACGAACUUGUCAACAAGAUGUGUUCGCAACAGGCUUGUACUAGCAAGCUCGUCAGCAAGUUGUAACAAUGUUGUUGUCUUAUCAAGUUUCUACAAGCUUGUCACUCACAACUUGUUGACAAGUUCGACAAGGACGAUAAAAAGUUGUUGGAGCAACUUGUCAACAAGCUGGGAGCAAGCAGUGCGAACACCUCCUGUUGACAAGUUGUUGGAACAGUAUUGCUACAAUUAAGUCUGCAGCAGGUUUGUUACAACUUGUGCGUUUUUACGUGUGUAAUCCAGUUCCCUCGUGAAGUACACUGGCAGCCUUUACACGAGCCCGCCUUGGCUAUUACUCAUACUUAUAUGCCACGCUUAGUUGCGAAUUCAGAUCACUCGUGAUGAAGACACUAGACUGGAUACAAUUGCCUCGUUUUUGUGUCAAAUACUCACUCAUGUUUUGUGCUUAGUAGGGUUGAAAAUUACUUUGUUAUUGAGCCCAAGAACAGCAAGAAAAAAUUCGUCUAGGAAAACAUGGGAAUAUAAUCUUUAGAAUGUUAGGGUGUGUAAUCCAAGUGAGUAUAUAUACAUUUUAAGACCUGACCAGGAACGACUGCGCAGGUCGUUCCUGGUCAAGUCGUUCCUGGUCACGACUUCGCAGUCGUUCCUGGUUAGGUCUUAAAAUGUAUAUAUACUCACUUGGAUUACACACCCUAACAUUCUCAUAUUAAUUCCACCAAGUGAAGUGCAAGAAACCAAAUCAUUGAAUAUAAUCUUUAUCUGCCACUGACAUGCUAAAAUAAGUUAACAUGGAAACGAGGCCAUUGGGUAAAAGAGAAUAAUCGGAAAGGUCUAUUUCGAGUAUAAUUAAAAUUUUAGAUUAAUUUUUACCUUUCGUACUUUUAAGACCCGUGCCGUGGAGUAAACUGUGCAAAUUAUGGCGUAUGUAAGCCAAACCCUCGUGCUUUUCUUGGCUAUCAAUGUCAGUGUCCAACACAUUGUCCACCUGACGUAUCCAAAGUUUGUGGCAGUGAUGGAAGAACAUACCGCAGUGAAUGUGUAUUGAGGCGUGAAUCGUGUCAGCGGAAGAUUACGAUUGUAAUUUCGUACCGAGGAUCGUGUGGUGAGUUGAAAUAUGACUUGACAUUCUAUCAUUUUUUAUUGAUCUUUUCCGAAAAUGAUCCUGAUUGCUGGAUUUCAGCAGAUGGAGGUGAACUUGUGAAAUUUUGAAACUAAAUUGAGCUCGAUCUCUCUUUCUGUUCCAAAAAGAGACUACUAAUUAUUUAGUAAUUAACAUUGUUAAAUCAUUAAUAAUUUAUGAAAAUAAAUGAAAAAAAAGUUCAAUGAGUAUACAAAAAUAACAAAAUUUUUCUGACUUUCGUGUAUACUAUUUCCUCGAUUUUCUCAGUUAGUAAAACCACGUCUUUUUGAACAAAAUUUCUUAAAACACGAUUGUUGAAAUUCUGAUACAACAUGGCCGCAUACUAUUAUUUUCUCUUUAAGAUAAAUAUUAAUGCCCAGCAGAAAAUAUGUAAACGAGCCAUAACAAAAAUAUAGUUUUAAAAGUUUUGCCCCCAAUCUUCAGUUUCAUCUUCUUGUAUAACUUGAAGAAUUGAAGACCUUUACUGAACCUCUAGAAAUAACUGCAGUUUAAGUAACUUUAUAUAGCUAAGGGUUCAGUAAGGACAGUCUCUGUCUAGCUGGUUGCAUAGAUAACCAAGAAGUCAUUUCAUAUCGGUCCAGUAUUACUGCAGGAAGAAACCGGAGUAAUUUGUGAAAACAUGUGUUUUUUUUUUCAUAAUUCCCGACUGGUUUAGCUACACUGAAGUAGAAUAAGCCGAUACCGGGGCAAACUAUGGAAUAUGAGCCAUCGGCCCAUCGCUAAAUUCCGGUUUCUCGUCGUCUUUAUACCAAGCUUAAGGUCGCCGUAUUUUGAGAAAUACAGAUAGAGGAGAAAAAUAAUAGGGACAGUCUCUAUCUAGCUGGUUGCAUAGAUAACAAAGAAGCCAUUUCAUAUUGGUCCAGUAUUACUACAGGAAGAAACCGGAGUAAUUUGAGAAAACAUCUGGUGUUUAGCACAGUAUAAUUACAGCCAUUAUACUCUUAUGAUAAAAACAUAUUCUAGGAAUCAAACCGCGGUUGCAGAAAUGAAAGCCACAAGCACUAAUAUGUCACUGUAAUACGAACAUCCCUGUGGAAGUUGAUUAUAAUGAUAGGUGGAGAAAGAAGAGCUAUAAAUAAUAUUUGUGUUAUUCAGAUCCGUGUGAAGACAAGAAAUGCUCCUUCAAUUCAACAUGCAUCAAAGGUCAUCACAAUCAAGCUACAUGCCUAUGUCCUCAAUGCAAUGGUCAAGCAGUGAACUAUAUAUGUGCAAGUGAUGGAAACAGUUACACAAAUCUCUGUGAGGCAAGGAGAUAUGCUUGUUUGAUAAAAAUUAACCUCAGACUCGUUCAUAAUGGCAAAUGCGGUGAGUACAGGUUAUGGUUUUUGGGUCCAUAAAAUCACAAGUUUCUUCAGUAUGUGGCACAGCGAUUAGUGCAAAACGAAAUUAGCCUUCUACCUCGACUUCUCUUGGGUUUUGAUUCUUGUCAUAUACAUUAUAAGUUGUCGCAGUUUCUCCUCAAUCGCAUCUGAAAAAGUGUUUCCAGCUUGACUUUAUCGAACAGCGCAAUUUUCCUUCUGCUAGUCUGGUAUCCUUGUAGCAACAUUGGAUCAAUAAGGGAUUUUAUGAUCCUAGACGGUGUUCAAAGACGAUCAGCGACGUCUAUACUCCAGGAAUAUAAGUCGUCUAAGUUGUCUUAUCCAAAGCACUCAUUUGUCCUAUUCGAAAACUAGCCGCUACAUGCACUUUUGAAUUAUUGUAUAUUUUAUGCAUUACCAGGCUAAUAAACAUUUUUUGCAGAGACCAUUAUUUAAAGCAAAGUGUAAGAGUUUAAGAUUGAAAACAAUUCAUACAACCAAAAUUAAAGUCCUUUGAAAUGUGCAAUCAGCAAAGAAGCAAAACGAGGCUAGUCAGUUUUCUUUGCUAAACUUAGCACAAGAUAACACAUGGUAUUAUAUUUAUAUAUUUUAUAUUUAUUCUAGAAGAAAGCAUACAUUAUUUUGGUCGGAAUUAAUUUCGGGAAAAAAACGAAGACGACUCGAAUGGGUCUAUAAGCUUGAUUUAUUGCUUAGAAAUAAAGGAUCUCGUGUUUUUCUUCAAUACAGAGGAGACCUUAUGAUUUAGAUAUGUCCUCUUUCAUUACAUUUUCCUGUUAUGUUACAUUUUGUAGGAUUUAUGUAUUAAACUUCUGUAUUAAAUUUAUGUAUUAAACUUCUGUGUUAUUCAGAUCCUUGUGAGGACAAACAAUGUUUCUUCAAUUCAACAUGCACCAAAGGUCUUGACAAUCAAGCUAGGUGCAUAUGUCCCCAGUGCGCAGGCCAAGCAGUGAAUUAUAUAUGUGCAAGCGAUGGGAACAGUUAUGCCAAUCUCUGUCAGGCGCGAAGACAUGCUUGCUUGAGAAAAAUUAAUCUCCAAGUUAUUCAUGGUGGAAAGUGUAGUAAGUACCUAAUGAGAGUGUCGUUCUUUCGUAAAAGGAUACGAAAUAAGAUCUGAUUAGCAAUCUUUCCAGACUUGCAUUCAUUUCGUUGAGUUCUAUAGAACUAUAACUACAUAACCAAUUAAUUAACCAGCUAUAAGUAACUAACCAAUCUUAUUGACUAACUAACUAACUAAUAAAUUAAUAGUCUAGGUCAUUCAUUGGCUACCAACGAAAUGAAAACAUAUUUUUUAAAUCUUUUUUUAAAUUGUGUUUUACCAGAUCCAUGCGAAGAUAAACAAUGUUUCUUCAAUUCACUGUGUGUGGUUGACAGCGAUUAUAGAGCUUCAUGUCAAUGUCCAAAAUGUCCUCGUACAACAAAACCUGUUUGUGGUAGUGAUGGAAAAACAUAUGUCAAUGAAUGUGAACUACGAAAACAAUCUUGUACGACGAAAACUAACAUUAGGGUUCUGCAUCGAGGCAAAUGCGGUAAGUUUAUUGGUUGUUAUCAAACUAUUUAACCAACUCGCUAACUCAUUAAUUUCCUACUCAGCUACCUACAUUUCUGAGAAACUCGUUCUAUUGUUUUACUCCUCCAGAUCCAUGUGAAGAUUUAAGAUGUUCCUUCAAUUCACUGUGUGUGGUUGACAGUAAUUAUAGAGCUUCAUGUCAAUGUCCAAAAUGUCCUCCUACAACAAAACAUGUUUGUGGUAGUGAUGGAAAAACAUAUGUCAAUGAAUGUGAACUACGAAAACAAUCUUGUACGACGAAAACUAACAUAAGAGUUCUUCAUCAAGGCAAAUGCAGUAAGUUUAUUGGUUGUUAUCAAACUAUUUAGCAAACUCCCUAACUCAUUAAUUGGCCACUUAUCUACCUAUACAUUUCUGAGAAACUCAUUCUAUUGUUUUACUCUUCCAGAUCCAUGUGAAGAUUUAAGAUGUUCCUUCAAUUCACUGUGUGUGGUUGACAGUGAUUAUAGAGCUUCAUGCCAAUGUCCAAAAUGUCCUCCUUCAACAAAACCUGUUUGUGGUAGUGAUGGGAAAACAUAUGUCAAUGAAUGUGAACUAAGAAAACAAUCCUGUACAACGAAAACUAACAUAAGAGUUCUUCAUCAAGGCAAAUGCAGUAAGUUAAUUGGUUGUUAUCAAGCUAUUUAUCCAACUCAUUAACUCAUUAAUUGACCACCCAACUACCUACCAAUCUGCCUGAGAAACUCAUUCUAUUGUUUUAUGUACUUUUCCAGAUCCAUGUGAAAACAAAAAAUGUUCCUUCAAUUCACUAUGUGUGGUUGACAGUAAUCAUAAAGCUUCAUGCCAAUGUCCAAAAUGUCCUCCCACAACAAAACCUGUUUGUGGUAGUGAUGGACAAACAUAUGUGAAUGAAUGUGAACUGAGAAGACAAUCUUGUACAACGAAAACAAACAUAAGAGUUGAUCAUGAUGGCAAAUGCAGUAAGUUUGUUGAGUAUGAAGUUAAUUAGUCGAGUGAGCAACUUCCUAAAUAAUGUACUUUUGCUAACUUGUUGCUAACCACCAGUUGACCUACUUAUCUACCAAACUUAACAUUCGUGUUAUGUUUUGUAUUUCUUGUUACUAUAGACCCAUGUGAAGAUGUAACAUGUUCCAUCAACUCAUUUUGUGUGGUUGACAGUAAUUAUAAAGCUUCAUGUCAAUGUCCAAAAUGUCCUUCUGCAACAAAACAUGUUUGUGGUAGUGAUGGGAAAACAUAUGUCAAUGAAUGUGAACUACGAAAACAGUCUUGCACAACGAAGACUAAAUUAAGAGUUCUUCAUGAAGGAAAAUGCAGUAAGUUCAUUAAAAAAUGAGUUGAUGAGACAAGCUGAUGACAUUGUUAUCGACCUAUGUACAUACCUACUAUAUCUCCCUACCUAACGAACUAAUUCGUAAUUAUCAUAUUUCUUUAACUUGUCUAGAUCCAUGUGAAGAUGUUAGAUGUUCCUUCAAUUCACUGUGUGUGGUUGACAGUAAUUAUAGAGCUUCAUGUCAAUGUCCAAAAUGUCCUCCUGCAACAAAACAUGUUUGUGGUAGUGAUGGAAAAACAUACGUCAAUGAAUGUGAAUUGAGAAAACAAUCUUGUACAACGAAAACCAACAUAAGAGUUCUUCAUCAAGGCGAAUGCAGUAAGUUUAUUGAGUCUCAACUAUCAAGUUAAUUGAUAAACUCAGCAAAUAGCUAAUGAUUUAGUGAUUUACUAUUCCUACCUUCCUACCAAACUACCUUACCUAAUUACCUACCCAACAAAAUCAUUAAUUCUAUUUUGUUCAUUUUGUUUACCCUAGAUCCGUGUGAAGAUAAAAUAUGUUCCUUCAAUUCACUGUGUGUGGUUGACAGCGAUUAUAGAGCUUCAUGUCAAUGUCCAAAAUGUCCUCCUACGACAAAACGUGUUUGUGGUAGUGAUGGAAAAACAUAUGUUAAUGAAUGUGAACUGAGAAAACAAUCUUGUACAACGAAAACUAACAUAAGAGUUCUUCAUCAAGGCAAAUGCAGUAAGUUUAUUGAGUGUCAAGUUAAUUUAUAAAGUCACCAAACAGCUAAUGAUUUAGUAUUGCUAACUUCCUACCCAACAAAAUCAUUCCUAAUUCUGUUUUAUUUAUAUUGUUUACCCUAGAUCCGUGUGAAGAUAAAAUAUGUUCCUUCAAUUCGCUGUGUGUGGUUGACAGUAAUUAUAGAGCUUCAUGUCAAUGUCCAAAAUGUCUCUCUACGACAAAACAUGUUUGUGGUAGUGAUGGAAAAACAUAUGUCAAUGAAUGUGAACUGAGAAAACAGUCUUGUACAACGGAAACUGACAUAAGAGUUCUUCACGAAGGAAAAUGCAGUAAGUUCAUUAAAAAUUGAGUUAAUGAGACAACUAAAAGCUCAUCACAUUGUUACCCACCUAUCGACCUACUAUAUCUCCCUACCUAACGAACUUAUUCGUAAUUAUCAUAUUUCUUUAACUUGUCCAGAUCCAUGUGAAGAUGUUAGAUGUUCCUUCAAUUCACUGUGUGUGGUUGACAGUAAUUAUAGAGCUUCAUGUCAAUGUCCAAAAUGUCCUCCUACAACAAAACCUGUCUGUGGUAGUGAUGGGAAAACAUAUGUCAAUGAAUGUGAACUGAGAAAACAGUCUUGUACAACGAAAACUAACAUAAGAGUUCUUCACGAAGGAAAAUGCAGUAAGUUCAUUAAAAAAUGAAUUAAUGAGACAACUAACUAACAAGCUCAUCACAUUGUUACCCACCUAUCGACCUAUGUACGUACCUACUAUAGCUACCUACCUAACCAACUUUUUCGUAAUUAUCAUAUUUCUUUAACUUGUCUAGAUCCAUGUGAAGAUGUUAGAUGUUCCUUCAAUUCACUGUGUGUGGUUGACAGUAAUUAUAGAGCUUCAUGUCAAUGUCCAAAAUGUCCUCCUACAACAAAACAUGUCUGUGGUAGUGAUGGGAAAACAUAUGUCAAUGAAUGUGAACUGAGAAAACAGUCUUGUACAACGAAAACUAACAUAAGAGUUCUUCACGAAGGAAAAUGCAGUAAGUUCAUUAAAAAAUGAAUUAAUGAGACAACUAACUAACAAGCUCAUCACAUUGUUACCCACCUAUCGACCUAUGUACGUACCUACUAUAGCUACCUACCUAACCAACUUUUUCAUAAUUAUCAUAUUUCUUUAACUUGUCUAGAUCCAUGUGAAGAUGUUAGAUGUUCCUUCAAUUCACUGUGUGUGGUUGACAGUGAUUAUAGAGCUUCAUGUCAAUGUCCAAAAUGCCCUCCUACAACAAAACGUGUUUGUGGUAGUGAUGGGAAAACAUAUGUCAAUGAAUGCGAACUGAGAAAACAAUCUUGUACAACGAAAACUAACAUAAGAGUUCUUCAUGAUGGCAAAUGCAGUAAGUCUAUUGAGUGUCAAGUUAAUUUAUAAACUCACCAAAUAGCUAAUGAUUUAGUAUGGCUAACUUCCUACUCAACAAAAUCAUUCCUAGUUUUGUUUUAUUUAUAUUGUUUACCCUAGAUCCGUGUGAAGAGAAAAUAUGUUCCUUCAAUUCAUUGUGUGUGGUUGACAGUAAUUAUAGAGCUUCAUGUCAAUGUCCAAAAUGCCCUCGUACAACAAAACGUGUUUGUGGUAGUGAUGGAAAAACAUAUGUCAAUGAAUGUGAGCUAAGAAAACAAUCUUGUACAACGAAAACUAACAUAAGAGUUCUUCAUCAAGGCAAAUGCAGUAAGUUCAUUAAAUAUUGAGUUGAUAAGACAACCAACAAACAAACAAACAAGCAAGCUCAUUAGAUUGUUAACGACCCAUCUACGUAUGUACGUACGUGUCAACCUACCUUACCUACUUACCUAACGAACUCAUUUUUAAUAAUAUCAUUUUCGUUUAACUUGUCUAGAUCCAUGUGAAAAUAAAACAUGUUCGGUUAAUUCACUGUGUGUGGUUGACAGCGAUUAUAGAGCUUCAUGUCAAUGUCCAAAAUGUCCUCUCACAACAAAACGUGUUUGUGGUAGUGAUGGAAAAACAUAUGCCAAUGAAUGUGAACUGAAAAAACAAUCUUGUAGAACGAAAACCAACAUAAGAGUUCUUCAUCAAGGAAAAUGCAGUAAGUUUAUUGAGUGUCAAGUUAAUUUAUAAACUCACCAAAUACCUAAUGAUUUAGUAUUGCUAACUUCCUACCCAAUAUAAUCAUUCCUAGUUUUGUUUUAUUUAUAUUGUUUACCCUAGAUCCGUGUGAAGAGAAAAUAUGUUCCUUCAAUUCACUGUGUGUGGUUGACAGUGAUUAUAGAGCUUCAUGUCAAUGUCCAAAAUGCCCUCGUACAACAAAACGUGUUUGUGGUAGUGAUGGAAAAACAUAUGUCAAUGAAUGUGAAUUGAGAAAACAAUCUUGUACAACGAAAACUAACAUAAGAGUUCUUCAUCAAGGCAAAUGCAGUAAGUUCAUUAAAUAUUGAUUUGAUAAGACAACCGACUAACAAGCUCAUUAGAUUGUUAACGACCCAUCUACGUAUGUACGUACGUAUCAACCUACCUAUCUAACUACCUACCUAACUACCUAGGUACCUACCUACUUACCUAACGAACUCAUUAUUAAUAAUCAUAUUCGUUUAACUUCUCUAGAUCCAUGUGAAAAUAAAAAAUGUUUCUUCAAUUCACUGUGUGUGGUUGACAGCGAUUAUAGAGCUUCAUGUCAAUGUCCAAAAUGUCCUCCUGCAACAAAACCUGUUUGUGGUAGUGAUGGAAAAACAUAUGUCAAUGAAUGUGAACUAAGAAAACAAUCUUGUACAACGAAAACUAACAUAAGAGUUCUUCAUCAAGGCAAAUGCAGUAAGUUUGUUGAAUGUCAACUUAAUUGAUAAACUCACCAAAUAGCUAAUGAUUUAGUAUUGCUAACAGUCAGUCUUAAAUCUGUUUUAUUUAUAUUGUUUACUCUAGAUCCGUGUGAAGAUAAAAUAUGUUCCUUCAAUUCACAGUGUGUGGUUAACAGUAAUUAUAAAGCUUCGUGUCAAUGUCCAAAAUGUCCUCCCACAACAAAACCUGUUUGUGGUAGUGAUGGAAAAACAUAUGUCAAUGAAUGUGAACUACGAAAACAAUCUUGUACAACGAGAACUAACAUAAGAGUUCUUCAUGAAGGCAAAUGUAGUAAGUACCUUGACUGUGAUCUAAUUAAUUUGGUACAUACCAACCUAUUUACUAUCCAACCUGCAGUAUGUACCCUCCUACUUACCUACCUACCUACCUCACAAAAUGAUUCUUAAUUUUCUAUUUUCCUUGACUCCCCUAGAUCCAUGCGAAGAUAAAAAAUGUUCCUUCAAUUCACUGUGUGUGGUUGGAAGCAAUUAUAAAGCUUCAUGUCAAUGUCCAAAAUGUCCUCCUACAAUAAAACGUGUUUGUGGUAGUGAUGGAAGAACAUAUGUCAAUGAAUGUGAACUGAGAAAACAAUCUUGUACAACGAAAACUAACAUAAGAGUUCUUCAUCAAGGCAAAUGCAGUAAGUCUGUUGAAUGUCAUGUUAAUUAGUCAAGAGUCCAACUGGUUUAAAUUAGCUACCCAUUCUCUUACCCAUCUGCCUUGUUACCUGUACCAACAUACCUACGUAACUAAUUACCAUUUACCACUUGUUGACUCAUUUGUAACUUGUUUUAUUUUUUCUGUACUUUAACAGAUUCAUGCGAAGAUAAAAAAUGUUUGUUUAAUUCACUGUGUGUGGUUGACAGUAAUUAUAGGGCUUCAUGUCAAUGUCCAAAAUGCCCUCCUACAACAAAACAUGUUUGUGGUAGUGAUGGAAAAACAUAUGUCAAUGAAUGUGAAUUAAGAAAGCAAUCUUGUACAACCAAAACCAAUAUUAAAAUUCUCCAUGAUGGCAAAUGCGGUAAGUUGUCCUGGCUGUGUUUCUUUGGGUCAUAUAGUUCUUUUGGCUUCUCUAUAAUGUUUGUUAUCAGAUUUAACAUUCUUGGUUCAUACUUUCUUCAUUCAUUUGUUCGUUCAUUCGUUCAUUCAUUCGUUCGUUCAUUCAUUCAUUCAUUCUUUAUUUAUUUAUUUUUUCCCUUCCUUAAUUCCACUCUUCCUUCUUCAAUUCCUUUCUUCCUUCCGCACUUAAUUCGUUUCUUCCUUCGAUUUUUUAAUUCUUGUUUCCUUUCGUCCUUUUUUCUUCCCUUUUUCCUUUCCUUCUUCUGUUGCUAACGCUUCCAGUUUUCGUCAUCUUUUUGAUAACCAUCUAUCAUUAAUUUUUCGCAGAUCCAUGUAAAGAUAAGAAAUGUUUCUACAACUCGACAUGCAUCAAAGGCAAUGACAACAAAGGAUAUUGUGUAUGUCCCGAAUGUCAAGAUGAACCUGUGGAAUAUAUUUGUGCCAACGAUGAAAAGACUUAUCCCAAUGAAUGUACAGCAAGAAAGACAGCCUGUAUGACAAAAUCUUUGUUGAAAACUGUUCACAAAGGAAAGUGUGGUAAGAUUUGUUGAUUUUUCUAUUACUUUUUAUUUCUGUAGUUCUUUACUAGCGUCUUAUUUUAAGUUGAUAGUGGUCCGUAGAAAAUUCUUUCUUAACCUGAUUACAACAAAGAUUGUGCUUGCUGGUUUUAAUAAUAUUUUUAUUAAUAACUUUGUUAUUAAUAAUAUUCUUACUUUUAUAUGAUACUUAAUAUUUUAUAGAUCCAUGUGAAGAUAAAAAUUGUUCCUUCAACUCACUGUGUGUGGUUAACAGCAAUUAUAAAGCUUCAUGUCGAUGUCCAAAAUGUCCUCCUACAAGAAAACCUGUUUGUGGUAGUGAUGGACAAACAUAUGUUAAUGAAUGUGAGCUAAGAAAACAAUCUUGUACAACGAAAACCAACAUAAGAGUUCUUCAUGAAGGCAAAUGCAGUAAGUUCAUUAAAUAAUGAAUUAAUGAGAGAAGUAACUAACAAAUUGUUAACGACCUAUCUACGUAUGUAUAAGUACCUAUUAAACUAAUCAUUAAUAAUAUUUCUUUAACUUGUCUAGGUCCAUGUGAAGAUAAAAUAUGUUCCUUCAAUUCACUGUGUGUGGUUAACAAUAAUUAUAAAGCUUCAUGUCAAUGUCCAAAAUGUCCUCCUACAACAAAACCUGUUUGCGGUAGUGAUGGCGAAACAUAUGUCAAUGAAUGUGAACUACGAAAACAAUCUUGCACAAUGAAAACAAACAUUAUAAUUUUUCAUCAAGGCAAAUGUGGUAAGUUAUCCUCCUAGCAUUUUCUUGGUGUUUUGCCCUCUCUACAAUCUUUGUUUUAGUAUUUUUACUCCCUACUGCCGUCUUUCUAGACCUUGAGCAGUCCCUCGGGAGAAAGGAGGGACUGCCGACAACACUGCGUAACGCCCUCCUGAGGCCUCCCAUUAAAUUUUUAAGUGGGACGCACUUAAAAAGUCCAAAAAAUUUUCCCCAUCCAUGUCUACUAAAAAAAGGGGUCCAAAUUUUACAAUUUCACCAAUUCCUGCUUUUGGGGGCCACCCGUUGUUCUGGCCCUCUAUCAUUGAGGCUUGGGCCAAUUUUCCCAAUGCACAAGUUUUAUGGUCAUUUUUGCCGCGGGCCCCGUCUCUGGACACCCGCCAGUUACAUCACUGCAUUUAUGCAAUUACCCAACCUUUUACCCUCUCAAAAUUUUGCUUACGCAACCCUUUUUCCUUCAGCUUCCCCCACCCAUAAGUAAUGACCACGGUUCCUUACAUGUUUAAAAAUCAACACCCGGAAAAAUGAAAACAGGAAGUCUAAAUAGAAUUGUCCAAUAUGCUUAUUUUUACAUAUCAAUCAAACCAAACUAUCAAUGUCCUAUAUACAUAAUCUCUGUAGACAGUUUGUGUCAUGCAUGUCAUUUGGACGUACAUUUUGUUACCCUGUGCAGAAUAUUUUAAAUUAUUCUGUUCAACUUUUUAAUUAUUCAACUUUAUUUUAUUCCGUUAUUACAUCCAAUUUAAUGAAAUACAGUAUAUGAAUAUCAAUUCGAAUCAAGUAUCAGUUCUCAAUUCUUUAACACAACAAAAGAUAACACCCAACCCCUAAAAUAUAUAUUAAAACUAACUGAAACAAUAUCUCUGCCCUGGCUAAAAGCCUUGUCAAUAAAAUUUAUAGACAAGAAACCUAAUUUCCCCUCUAUACAUUCUACCUUUUAUAUUUUAGAUAUUAAACACCAGGAAAUAAUCUCUGCCUAAAACAGUAGGCAUAAGAAAUAUAAACAACUGGUCUGCUACAAAUGCCAAUGUAUAUUUCAUAUAAAACUAAACUGGAAUCUGAAUCAGUGCCGUAGCCAGAACGAUAUUCAAGUGUGAACACGAAUAUACAGAAUAUUUUGCCCCCCACUAUUCUGGCUACGGCACAUUCUGAAUGUCCUCUAUAUAUGCAUAAACUUGCUGCAUACUAAAAGCCGGCAACAAUAUUCAGAUUGAGUCAUGGGAGACCAUGUGAUCUUCAAGAUCUUUGGGGACAUCAAACACAACAUCGCAAACACAACAAACAUAUCCAACACCAGUUGGUUCUUUUGAUUCAAGUUCUUGACAUAAACCACAUUGAUAGUUUCCAUCACUGCCAUGAUGUCUUGCUAUAUGUUGAACCAAUUUGAUAAAAUUAGAAAAUUUCUUGUUACAUUUGUUACAAGUGUACUUUCCAGUGUUUUUAUCCUGAACAAAAUGUUCUUGCACAUUUUGUGGUUCAAUAAUCUCCAUGUGGCAACUAUUGCAAAACAAAUACUCCUUUUUGUGCCAAUUAAGACCUCCUAUUUGUAUAAAUCUUUUCUUGCAAACAUCACAUUCAUAAGGCUUGUCUCCAGUGUGUGUUCUUUUAUGUGUAGUUAGACUACUUGAUUGGCUAAAUCUCUUCUUGCAAACAUCACAUUCAUAAGGUUUGUCUCGAGUGUGUGUUCUUUUAUGUGUAACUAAAUAACUUGAUUGUCUAAAUUUCUUCUUGCAAACAUCACAUUCAUAAGGCUUGUCUCCAGUGUGUGUUCUUUUAUGUUUAGUUAGAGUACCUGAAUGGCUAAAUCUCUUCUUACAAACAUCACAUUCAUAAGGUUUGUCUCGAGUGUGUGUUCUUUUAUGUAUAGUUCGACUACCUGAUUGGCUAAAUCUCUUCUUACAAACAUCACAUUCAUAAGGUUUGUCUUGAGUGUGUGUUCUUUUAUGUGUAACUAAAUUACUUGAAUCUCUAAAUUUCUUCUUACAAACAUCACAUUCAUAAGGCUUGUCUCCAGUGUGUGUUCUUUUAUGUGCAGCUAAAUGACCUGUUCGUUCAAAUCUCUUCUUACAAAUGUCACAUUCAUAAGGUUUGUCUCGAGUGUGUUUUCUUUUAUGUGUAACUAAAUUACUUGAUUUUCUAAAUUUCUUCUUACAAACAUCACAUUCAUAUAAAGGCUUGUCUCCAGUGUGUGUUCUUUUAUGUACAGCUAAAUGACCUGUUCGUCCAAAUCUCUUCUUACAAAUGUCACAUUCAUAAGGUUUAUCUUCAGAGUGUGUAGUCUUGUGCCUCGCUAAAAUGCUUGAUUGUGUAAAUCUCGUUUUACAAAUGUCACAUUCAUAUGGCGUCUCGCUAGUGUGCGUUCUUUUAUGUUGCACCAAACGUCUCGAUUGUCUAAAUCUUUUCUUGGACAUAUCGCAUUCAUAAGGAUUGUCUCCAGUGUGCGCUCUUUCUUGACUUGUUGAGCAGCCUCGCUUGCCUGAUGUUAAAAAUCCACAAUCAUGAUCCGCCAUGAUUAGCAAUGUUUCUAUCGAUGACGCAAAUAAUCUGGUGACUUCAGAUGAUCAGAUCUAGAAUCCUUCAAAUGAUUUUUGCUUCUCUCUCCACAAUAACGUCUGGCCUUGUAUCUUCUUAUUAAAACAAUAUUAAACUAUAAAUUUGGAGAAACGUUUGCGUCGUAACGUCGUUUUUAAAAUUGGAAUGUUUUGUGCAAAUAUUCAGCAAUUGUGCGCUAUAUUGCGCUAGAUGAUACCACAGAAAGGGUUAGGUUAAAAUGCGGAAGUGGAUGCGGAACCGAACGGAUGCGGAACGGUACGGAUGGGACGGGUUAAAUGCGGAACGGAACGGAUGGGGUUAAAAUGCGGAACAGAACGGAUAUGAGGUUAAAAUGUGGAACGGAACGGAUAUGGGGUUAAAAUGCAGAACGGAACGAAUAUGAGUUUAAAACUUAAUUUAAAACCCAUAUCCGUUCCGCAUUUUAACCCCAUCCGUUCCGCAUUUUAACCCCAUCCGUUCCGUUCCGCAUUUUAACCCCAUCCGUUCCGUUCCGCUUCCACAUUUUAACCUAACCCACCACAGAAAUGACAAGCGGCUGAAACAAUCCAGCGUGCGGGCAAUCUCGUUCCCAGAGUAUAUCAAUCUCGUUCCCAGAGUAUGCCUGUCUGCGGGUUAUGUAGUGGCAUGACCCGCGAACAGGCAUACUCUGGGAACGAAAUUGAGAGUAUGCAUAACCUGCGAACAGGUAUACUCUGGGAACGAGAUUGGCGUGCGGGCGAAACUGCCCCAACGUGUUUUUCUUGUAAUUUCUUAGAAAACGGACUAAUUGUAAGCAAAAUUAAAUAUCAAAAAAUUCUGAAAUAUUUUUUUAGAUCUAGGGAACAUUCAUAAAGAUUCAUUAUUUAUGACCGGGGUGGGUCUACUAUUAGAUCAGUAGGGUGGGCUGGCGAAAAGGGGGUGGGUCAUGAGGUAUUUUUGACCGAAAAGGGGGGGUACCUAAAAAUAUUGGUUUAAAAGGGCGGUUAUUUUAUUAGUGUUGGGAAAAAUUUGACAUGUAACGAUUAUUGCUACAGCCGGGAGCGAGCAAGGCAGCAAAUUUUAUUCAUGUAGCUGGCAAAAUUCUCAAUUUUGAUCAACAGAUAGACCCAAAAUGCAAUGCGCAAAUACCCAAAAUGCAAUGCGCGCUGCUGAUAUGAAAAACAAUCGAUUGCAGUUCAUAUUUUGUUAAAGUUGAAUGGUUAAUGAUGCAAUUAGGUUUUAUAACUGUUUAAUAAAAACCAACAUUGUAAAUCAGUUUAUAAUAGUUAAUAUAUACUACAUACGUGUGCUAUAUACAGUAGAAAAUAUAUUUUGUAGUGUUGAAAAUACAGUGAAACUGACUUCUAACUUUUAAGUCAGAAUUUUUUGUCAAAAUUCUUUUGCCUAGUUUGAAUUAGCAGAGUUAACAGAUUAAACAGGCAUCUUGUUGAAAUUAAGCACAAGUAAAUGUAGAUCUGAUGCCUGGUCAUGUGUCUAUGUAUACAUCGGCCUGACAGCUUUUGAUAUUUUGUAGUAGUUUUGAUAUGAACAAAUUAAUUGGUGGUGGUGGUGGUGGUGGUGGUGGUGUGUGUGGGGCGAUUAUUAUAUUUUUAGAAUUCAUGUGAAGGGGGUCAUUGAAAUUUUUGUGAUGCAUGGGGGGACAGGACAUUUUGUUUAGUUGUUAAUUGAAUUUUUCCAGCCCACCCCCGGUCAUAAAUAAUGAAUGGUCCCCUAGAAUAUGCGCAUGUAGCGUACUUGUGGUUAGUCUGAUGCCCUUAUUAUUGCCCCACCGAGUCUCCAACCUCAGUCCCUGGCUAUGUCCAGGUAUCCUGCACUUGGCUGGACACAUCGGUUGAUCUGCAAUUUUUAUAAAAAAAAGGUGCAUGCAGCGAACAUAUGGUGAUUGACAACCUCGCAAAUUAAUCCAAUGAUUGCGACAUGGUGUACGAUAGCAGACUGAUUGCAGUCGACCUCCCUGGAGCGGCGGAGAAACAGUUUGCGAUCAAUCAACACUAAUGCUGUACAGUUACAUAAGCGGUAUUUCAAGUCCAAGAUGGCGGACGCAGAGCAACUAUGAAUUAUUAUACACAACAAUGUAAUUUAAUAAAUUUAACAGCCAAUUUAAUAAAUUAUAGCAAUAUCAAUCUGAAUCAAGUAUCAGUUCUCAAUUGUUCAACACAACAAACACAACACCCAACUGAUUGUUCCAAAUUUGAUAAUUAUCCAUACCCCUAAAAUAAAUAUUAAAACUAACUACAACAUAACCGACUAUAACCUAUUAUAUCCAGCCACCGUAACUUGGGUAUUACAGCGUGGGGGUGGGGGAGGUUGAGCUUAAUUGUUUUGCCCGACCAAAAGGGCGUGGCGGAAGUCGUGCCCGACGUACAUUUCAGGUGCUAAUUAAUAUUUAUUUGACCAAAAUUUGUUGGCAAGCGGAGGGUCAUAUCUUUUUCACUAACUUACCAGAAUUUGUACAAGGUUUCAGUAAUGCUUUCGUUAAUUUAUCAAUUUAAAUUAUGUAAAACUUUCCACUGAAUUACGUUUAUUGCCUGACGAAUGUGUCGUUAAAAUUGCCCGACAAAACUGCAAUAUUACCCCCCACAGGUUACGACCCCCCCUGAUUAUGUACUAUUUAAAACACGAGUAGGAGUGUUUUAUCAGAUAUAAAACGCGAGGCGGGCCACCUGUUGCAAAUUUGCUGACGUACUAGCAAAAUUACUUGCCCAAUGUACUAGCAAAAAUUUUAUGGUCAUUUUUCUAGUUACGCCACUGUGCCGGCAACACAUCAAGAAACGAAGUACGCGUUGCCCACACAACGCAAAAUUCCCAUUGGUCGAAAUCGAUGCGCUUGUCAAUCAAAUCUGAUAUGUAGUAAUUAUAAACUAAUUUCCAGAUGGAAUGUUGAUUUUAUAAAUAAACCUGACAUUAACGGUUCCUAUUGGAUAGAUUUAAUUGGAUAUAAGUAAUGUGUAUGCAAAAGCGGAGCCAACUUGACAAGAACGAAAUUUAAAAGUGGGCGUAUUUCGUUUCUUGAUAUGUUGUCAGCAGUCCCUCCAUUUCACUUACACGCCCAGGAAGGUAAACCCGUGGAAAGGAGGGACCGCUCGCAGUCUACCAUCUUUCCUUCCUGCCUUCUUUUUUCAUUUCUGUAUUCCCUCCUUUAAUCUUCUUGCAUUUCUUUUAACGUACUUCCGUCCAUUUCUUUCUUUAUUUUGAUCUUUUUAUUAUUGUUUUCUUCGUUCUUUACAAUUGAUAACAAUUUUUCAUCAAUACUUUCCAGAUCCUUGUAAAGACAAGAAAUGUUUCUACAACUCAACAUGUGUCAAAGGCAACGACAACAAAGGAUAUUGUAUAUGUCCUCAAUGUUCAGAUAAACCUGUAGAAUAUAUUUGUGCCAGUGAUGGAAAGACUUAUCCAAAUGAAUGCCAGGCAAAAAGGACAGCUUGUAUGACAAAACUGUUACUAAAAACUGUUCACAAAGGAACGUGUGGUAAGAUAUUUUUAUCUUUACAAUUUCCUUCAUUGAUUAGCGUUUUUAUAUAUUUUUCUUUUACUCUUUUCUCUUUAAAGUACUAAUCUUUUUCUCUUUUUCACAGAUCCAUGCGAAGAUAUACAAUGUUUCUUCAAUUCAGUGUGUGUAGUUAAUAGUAAUUAUAAAGCUUCAUGUAAAUGUCCAAAAUGUCUUCCUACAACAAAACCUGUUUGUGGUAGUAAUGGAAAAACAUAUGUUAAUGAAUGUGAGCUAAGAAAACAAUCUUGUACGACGAAAACCAACAUAAGAGUUCUUCAUCAAGGCAAAUGUGGUACGUUCCUGUUAGCACAGGAUAUUCUAUACUCAACCAACAACAUGUUAAUUUUAAAUAUCUACAGCAUGUAAUUGCAAAAUAAACUUUCGUUGUAGAUCCUUGCAAAGACAUAAAAUGCAAACAUUAUGGUUUAUGUAAAGCUAAUCCUCAGACCUCAAAAGGAUACGAGUGUGCUUGUCGUGAAUGUACGACCGUAGUAUCUCCAGUGUGUGGCAAUGAUGAGAAGACGUAUAAGAGCGAAUGUUUCUUAAGAAGAACAUCUUGUCGAAAAAAUAAAUAUGUAUAUGUAACCCACAAAGGACCUUGUGGUAGGUGGAAAUUGACGAUUUUUCACGAUAGAAUUAUUUCAUUUUCUUCUUCAUUAGUUCAUUCUCAUCCGUCUUUCAUUUCUUCCAUCCUUCUUUCUCUCUAUUUUGUCCUCCAUUCCCAUUUUUCACUUUUCAUGCCGUGUUUCUAUUUUGUAUCUCUCCUUUGUUUUCUCCUCUUUCUUUUGUUCCUUUCUGUUCGCUGUCUUCUUUCCUUUCCUACCACCUUUUCCCGUCCUCCUAUUUCUCUUCCCUCUAUUUCUCUUCCAUUCACCUUUCCUUCUAUUUCUCUUCCAUUCACCUUUCCUUCUUCUUUGUCUCCCUUUUGUCUCUUUCAAUCAUUCCUUUUUUUCUUCAGGAUUUUCUCCAUUAUUUCUUUCUUUUCUUCCUCACUGUGAGACAAUGCAUCUAUAUGUAACAAAGGAAGCUAUACUGAAUCUUCUUAUCAUAUAUUUCAGACCCAUGCAAGACAAAGAAAUGUUAUCACAAUGCGACAUGUGUGAUUGGUAAAGAUUACAAAGCCUACUGUCAAUGUCCUGAAUGCUCUGGGAAAAAAGGCAAUCCUGUGUGCGGCAGUGAUGGUAAAACAUACCCCAGUGAAUGUGAAGUGAGGAGAUUCUCGUGCAUGACUGCAUCACCUAUUACUGUUGUCAAGCAGAGCAAAUGUGGUAAGUCACUAGCUGUUCUAAAACACUUUAAUAUAGGAAUGGUCGGUGCUAGUGUAGGUAGCGACGAUAAUAAGACUUCCCAACGAAGGGCCUUUGCUCAAAAUAAAAAAUCUGCUUAUACGUUUUAGGUUGUUGUAUCUCUUAAUCCGCAGCUGUCUAGACAUUACGGCUAGUAUCCUGUGCCGUCGCGCGGAAUUCACUUCGGGGGGUUUGGUUAAAUCUACCUGAAAAUAUCAAAAUUUUACCUUAAAAAUGUUUUUGAUUAAAAUUUUUUUUGGCGACCUGUACCAUUUUAGGGGUAAAUUUUUCCGGACAUAUCAAAAUUUUUCGAAACAAACAAAAAAAUUUUCCGCACAUAUCAAAAUUUUUCGAAACAUACAAAAAAUUUUUCCAGACAUAACAUAAAAUUUUUUGGAGAUACCACAAUUUUUUUCUAAAAUUCCGAAAAUUUUUAGAAUAUCCUAAAUUUUGGUAAAAAUACCUGAAUAUUUUCCAAAUUCAUAGUUAUUUUUGUAAAUUGACUUUCUCUUGUCCUAGGAAUUACCUGAAUUUGCGUUAAUUUACCCGAAUUUCUCAUGCAAAACUACCUGAAUUUACCUGAAAAUCUACCUAAAAUCUACCUGAAAUUUAUCAUGAGCAAUUAUCAGGGUGGUGUUACACCCUAUAUAUAUAUAUAUAUAUAUAUUCACUCUCCUCCUUCAAAACAUUACUUCCACAAGACGUACCUCCAACUUACUGCCACUGCUUAACUCCUGACUUACCUAGUUCACACUCAUUGAUCACGACUGAAUAAUAUCUUCUAUAUCAAUGUACUUUCUCUCCUCUCUCUUAAUCUACUGUAUAUCUUGCUUUCCUUCCACAUCUUUUUUCUAUUCUAUAUUAAUGUGUUGUUUUGUCUGUACUGUCCUGACUGAUUAAUGGUGAGCACCAUAUGGGCAUGGGACCUAGUCUCGUUUGUGUUUCUCCAUCUUUGGCAUGUUUUACAUAAUUAUGGUUAUUCUUGUGUUAGUAUGAGCAAGUAUGUACAAUAACGUGUGGUUAUUUGCAUGCGUGCCAAAUAAAGCUGUUAAACUAAACUAAACUAUACAGAGAUCAUAUUAAGACGGGAUAAGCUAAUGGAAUCAUUUUUAUUAAAUCUGGGGCCGUUUGUAUAAAACUCUUAACUACCUUUUAAACGCUAUUUUGUAGUUAAAUAGUAAUAGCUAUUGGUUUACUUUCUCACUAACUAAAUACAACAUUGGUGAAAUAUUAUCUAUGCGGAUAGGAAAGAGAGUAGAUUGAGAACUUUCACUUUCCAUCCAAGGAUGUUUCCAUUGACAAGUAAAAUAGUCUGGCAUUAAACAGAGUCAAGACCAUGCAUUCAUAUGAAAAUAAGUUGACGUUGCAAACUUUUACUAACACUUUUCCAUCCGAAGACUUUCCCAUUGACAUGUAACGAACUACUUAAUUAAAUCAGUAUCCUUCAAAUAGUCUCGACGCGUACAGGGAAGAGAAACCUGUGUUUAAAAACCUAAAAAGUUCAAAAUGACUCGUGUACAAAUGUGCUAAGAGCCAAUUAUCAAUACAUUGUAUAGAUGAAUGUAACUGCCCACCAUAUGCUGAAUGCCAGAGAGACGAGAAUUCCACGAAAGGUUUCAAAUGUGUCUGUCCUCCAUCGAGUUCAGAAAACCACAGUACAGUUUGUGGUAGUGAUGGUAGAACUUAUAUUAACACACAAGUUUUGCAGAGAGAAUCUUGUUUGUUUGAAGCACAGAUUACUGUUCUCUAUUCAGGAACCUGCAGUGAGUAUUGCCAAUAUAUUUCUUUAUCUUUAAUUGAAGGUUAACAGACAAUAAAUAUGGUUAUUCUCGUCUUUUAGUUUGUUGCAACUGUAUUAAAGAAAGAGAUAUUAUUUAAUUUUCUUGUCCUAGGGCCGGUUGUUCAAAGCUGGAUUAACGCUCACUCUUUCAGAAUAUUAACUUUAACCCUUUUUCAGUUCCAUGUCGGGGUCGAGAAUGUUCCCACCAUGCAGAAUGUAUAGCUCGAGGUAAUCAAGGUAUAUGUCAGUGUCCUACGAAAUGUCCACACAACCUUAAACCUCGCACAAUUUGUGCCAGUGAUGGAAACACUUAUAACAAUGACUGUGAACUCAAGAAAGCUUCAUGUCAACAACAGAAACCACUUCAAAUUAAACACAAAGGACCUUGUAGUAAGUAUUGCUUCGUUGAAGUUUAAUGUUCUAAUGUUUCUCUAUACGAUUUUUUCCCUACCUUUUCUCUUUUUCCUCACUCCUUUUUGCUUCCUUUCUCUCUUCCUUUUUGCUUCCUUUCUCUCUUCCUUUUUUCAUUCAUUCUUUUUAUUCUUUUUUCUUUGUUCCUUCAUGCUACUAACUUUCCAUAAUCUCGCGAAAUUAAUCUUCAUCAUUUCAGCGGAAUGUAAAUGUCCACCAUACGCUCAAUGUCAACGCGAUGAAAACAAUUUCAAGAAAUAUAGAUGCGUCUGCCCGCCAACCAGCACAGCAGAUCAGAGAACAGUUUGUGGUAGCAAUGGAAGAACGUAUAUUAACAGACAAGUUUUGGAAAGAGAAUCUUGUUUGUUUGAAGUGGAGAUUACUGCUCUUUACUCAGGAACUUGCAGUGAGUAUUAGCAAUAUCUUCUUUAUUUAUUAAGCGAACUAUUCUCGGUUCCAAUGGCAGCAGUGCUUCAGAAGUACUGGCAGUCAUAAGUGCAAGAGAAUUGAACUACACAGCUCGUUUCUAUUUAUUUGCACAAAUAAAAGGACACUAGUUUACUCAUGCAACGAAAAGAACUAUCAUUAUUUUAUCACUAUGCCAAUUUGCCAUCAUCUGCUGCACAAUAGUGCUCAGUGAAACACUCCAUGUUUCAGUACUUUCAUUUAUUUUUCAGUUCCAUGUCGAGGUCGCGAAUGUUCUCACCAUGCUGAAUGUAUUGCUCGAGGUAAUCAAGGUAUAUGUCAAUGUCCUACGAAAUGUCCAGACAAUGUUAAACCUCGACAAAUUUGUGCCAGUGAUGGAAACACUUAUGACAAUGAAUGUGAACUCAAGAACGCUUCAUGUCAACAACAGAAACCGCUUCCAAUUAAACACGAAGGACCUUGCAGUAAGUAUUGCUUCUUUGAUGUUUAAUGUUCUAAUUUUUCUUUUAUGAUUUUAUUUUCCCUAUCCUUCUUUCUUCCCUCUGUUUCUUCUUGCCUUCUUUAUCCCAUCCCUUUUCCAUCCAUUCAUUCUUUCUUUCGUUGUUCUUUCUUUCAUUCCAACCUUCCGUUCCUCCCUUAAUUCGUUCUGCCUUUCUUCCUCUUUUUCCUGUUUUCCUCCCUUUCUUUUUCCUUUAAAUAUUUUUAUCCCUUCUUUCAUUUCUUCCAUUUAUCUUUUCACCCUUCCUUUCUUUCUUUCUUACUACCUCCCUUCUCCUUUUCUUCCUUCCUUCUUUCGUUCCUGUUUGUUAAAACCGAUUUAAACCGUAUUUCCUUUACGCUAUCAAAUCUCCAUAAUCUCACAAAAUUAAUCUUCAACAUUUCAGCGGAAUGUAACUGUCCACCAUACGCUCAAUGUCAACGCGAUAAAAACAAUUUCAAGAAAUAUAAAUGUGUCUGCCCGCCAUCCAGCACAACAGAUCAGAGUACAGUUUGUGGUAGCAAUGGAAGAACAUAUAUUAACAGACAUGUUUUGGAGAGAGAAUCUUGUUUGUUUGAAGUGGAGAUUACUGCUCUUUACUCAGGAACUUGCAGUGAGUAUUGGCAAUAUCUUCUUUAUUUAUUAAGCGUACUAUUCUCGGUUCCAAUGGCAGCAGUGCUUCAGAAGUACUGGCAGUCAUAAGUGCAAGAAAAUUGAACUACACAGCUCGUUUCUAUUUAUUUGCACAAAUAAAAGGACACUAGUUUACUCAUGCAACGAAAAGAACUAUCAUUAUUUUAUCACUAUGCCAAUUUGCCAUCAUCUGCUGCACAAUAGUGCUCAGUGAAACACUUCAUGUUUCAGUACUUUCAUUUAUUUUUCAGUUCCAUGUCGAGGUCGCGAAUGUUCGCAUCAUGCAGAAUGUAUAGCUCGAGGUAAUCAAGGUAUAUGUCAAUGUCCUACAAAAUGUCCAGACAAUGUUAAACCUCGCACAAUUUGUGCCAGUGAUGGAAACAUUUAUGACAAUGACUGUGAACUCAAGAACGCUUCAUGUCAACAACAGAAACCGCUUGAAAUUAAACACGAAGGACCUUGCAGUAAGUAUUGCUUCUUUGAUGUUUAAUGUUCUAAUGUCUUUCUUUAUGAUUUCAUUUUCCCUAUCCUUCUUUCUUUCGUUCUCUUUUUGCCUCCUUUGUCCCUUCCCUUUUUUAUUCAUUCCUUCUUUCGUUUGUUCAUACUUUCCUACCCUUCAUCCUUUAAUUCUUUUUUUAUUUAUUCUUUCUUUCUGUUAUUCCAUCCUUCUGUUUCUUCCUUCAUUCUUUCUGCCUUUCUUCCUCUCUUUCAUGUCAUCCUCCCUUUCUUCUUACUUUAACUCUUUUUUAUCCCUUCUUAUAUUUCUUCCAUUCAUCUAUUCAUUCUUCCAUUCUUACCUCUUUUCUUCCUUCCUUCCAUCCUUCAUUCUUUCCUGUUAGUUAAAACCGUAUUUUCUUUAUGCUAUCAACUCUCCAUAAUCUCACGAAACUAAUCUUUGCCAUUUCAGCGGAAUGUAAAUGUCCACCAUACGCUCAAUGUCGACGCGAUGAAAACAAUUUCAAGAAAUAUAAAUGUGUCUGCCCUCCGUCCAGCUCAGCAGAUCAGAGUAAAGUUUGUGGUAGCAAUGGAAGAACUUAUAUCAACAGACAAGUUUUGGAAAGAGAAUCUUGUGUUACUGAUAUAAAAAUAACUUCUUUAUAUGCUGGUGUUUGUAGUAAGUUUUUACCAACAUUAUUGUUAGUUUUUAGCCCAUGGCAUUUAUUGGACAAUUAAGUGCUAAUAGCGCUAUCCAGUAUAAAUACAAUAAGCUUGAGUGAUAUAGAACUGAUAGAUUUAUCCAAGGUAAAGUUGAGAAAAAAUUUGGAAAGAGAAAAACAUUGCACUACUCAAUCAAUAAAUUAGAUUUAUCAAUUAACUAAACACACUUGUAAGUAACCAUUUAAUUGUUAUAUUUUAGUUCCAUGUCGAGGUCGAGAAUGUUCUCACCAUGCAGAAUGUAUAGCUCGAGGUAAUCAAGGUAUAUGUCAAUGUCCUAAGAAAUGUCCAGACAAUAUUAAACCUCGAACAGUUUGUGCCAGUGAUGGAAAUACUUAUGACAAUGACUGUGAACUCAAGAAAGCUUCAUGCCAACAACAGAAACCGCUUCAAAUUAAGCACGAAGGACCUUGCAGUACGUAUUGCUUCGUUGAUGUUUAAUGUUCUGAUGUCUUUCUUUGUUAUUUCAUUUUUCCUAUCCUUUUUUUCUUCCUCCAUUAUGUGUCCCUUUUUCAUUUAUUUCUUCUUUCCUUUGUUCGUUUGUUUGUUCGUUCGCUCAUGCUUUCCUACCCUCCAUCCUUUAUUCUUUUUCUUUGUUCCGUCUUUCUUUUAUUCCAUCCUUCCGUUCUUUCAUUCUUUCUGCCUUUCUUCCUCUCUUACCUGUCUUCCUCCCUUUCUUCUUACUUUAACUCUUUUUAUACCUUCUUUUAUUUCUUCCAGUCAUCCUUUCAUCCUUCCUUUCUUUCUUACUACCUCUCUCCUUCUUUUCCUCCGUCUUUCCUGUUAGUUAAAACCGUUUUUCUUUUAUGCUAUCAUCUCUUCAUAAUCUCACGAAAUCAAUCUUUAACAUUUCAGCGGAAUGUAAGUGUCCACCAUACGCUCAAUGUCAACGCGAUGAAAACAAUUUCAAGAAAUAUAAAUGUGUCUGUCCUCCAUCCAGCACAGCAGAUCAGAGUAAAGUUUGUGGUAGCAAUGGAAGAACUUAUAUGAACAGACAGGUUUUAGAAAGAGAAUCUUGUGUUACUGAUACCAAAAUAACUUUUUUAUAUGCUGGUGUUUGUAGUAAGUUUUUUACCAACAUUACUGUUAGUUUUUAGCCCAUGACAUUUAAAUAGAUUUAGCUCGGCUAUAUUUUCUCCUAUAGUUAAUUUUCUCCUUGAUCUCUGAAGAUAGCUGAUAUAGAAAUGAUAGAGCUAUCCAGGGUAAAGUUAGUUUUAACUGAGCAAAUUCUGGGAUACAUUUUGGAAAGAGAAAAACAUUGCACCACUCAAUCAAUAAAUUAGUUUUAUCAAUUAACUAAACACACUAAAUGUGUUAAUAAACCAUUACCACUUGUAAGUAGCCAUUUCAUUGGUUAUAUUUCAGUUCCAUGUCGAGGAAGAGAAUGUUCUCACCAUGCAGAAUGUAUAGCUCGAGGUAAUCAAGGUAUAUGCCAAUGUCCUACAAAAUGUCCAGACAAUAUUAAACCUCGUACAAUCUGUGCCAGUGACGGAAAUACUUAUGACAAUGAUUGUCAACUCAAAAGAGCUUCUUGCCAACAACAGAGACCGUUACAAGUUAAGCACCAAGGACCUUGCAGUAAGUAUUUCUCGUUUGAUACUUGAUAUUUUAAUUAAGUCUUUUUUUAUUCAUUGUUCCCCCACUCCUUUCUUCCCUCAUUCAUUUCGCCCUUUCUUCCUUCUGUUUUUCUUUCUGUAUUUCUUUUUCUCCUUCCUUCCGCACUACCCUUGCUUUAUUCCUUCUUUCCUUUCUUCUAUCUUUUCCUCCUUGUUUCAUGUGCUUUUCUUUCCUUUCCUUUCUACCACCCUUCCUUCCUUUCUCCAUUUGUUCGAAGUUCCAACCUUCUUUCCUUUUUUCUUCCUUGUUUUCUUUUGCCAUUAAUUCACCAAUAAUUUUUCCUACUAUUCUUCCUUUUCCCUUCGUUUCUUCUUUCCUGUUAUUUUAACCAUUUCUUUGGCCUUCACCUUCCUCAGUAAUCAAUUUUCAAUAUUCUAGCGGAAUGUAAAUGCCCACCUUAUGCUCAAUGUCAACGUGCUGAAGAAAAUUUCAAGAAAUAUAAAUGUGUCUGUCCCACGUCCAGCUCAGUAGAUCAGAGUAAAGUUUGUGGUAGCAAUGGAAGAACUUAUAUCAACAGACAAGUUUUGGAAAGAGAAUCUUGUGUGACCGAUAUCAAAAUAACUGUUUUGUAUGCUGGUGUUUGUAGUAAGUUUUAACAAUGUUAAUUUUCGUUUAAGUUACUUUAUGAAAUUUUAAAAUGCUUGAGGCGUUGAUGACGCAGUGCUGCGUGUACCUUUCACCCCCGCGUCCCGAGUUUGAAUCCAAUUGCAUCCAUGACCAGCUUCUUGAUUAUAAUUUCGUCACAGGUAACCGUUAUGUAACCAUUUAAUUAAUAUUUCAGUUCCAUGUCGAGGUCGAGAAUGUUCUCAUCAUGCAGAAUGUAUAGCUCGAGGUAAUCAAGGUAUAUGUCAAUGUCCUACGAAUUGUCCCGACAAUGUUAAACCUCGUACAAUUUGUGCCAGUGAUGGAAACACUUAUGACAAUGAAUGUGAACUCAAGAAAGCUUCUUGUCAACAACAGAGACCGUUACAAGUUAAACACAACGGACCUUGUAGUAAGUAUUGCUUCUUUGAUGUUCGAGAUUUUAAUUAUGCUUUUUUCUUUCUUUCUCUCGUACAAACGUCCUUCCUUCCUUCCUUCCUUCCUUCAUUCUUUUAUUUUUCUUCCUUCCAUUGUCCGUUCUUUUUUCUGCCUCACAUAAUUUGAUCCGUUCUUCAUCCAUUCAUUUCUUCCCUUUCUGUCUCCCUUUCACCGUUCCCUUCCUUCUUUCUUUUUUCUACUUUCUUUCUUCCUCCGUUCAUUCCUUUCUUCCUGCCUUUCUUUUUGUUUUUCUUUCACCGCUCCUUUUUUCCAUUCUACCCUCUUUCUUUCCUUCAGUCCUUUCUUCUUUACACCACUCCUUACUUCCGGUCUACCUUCUUUUCGCUAUUUCCCUUCUUUUCUGUCUUCCUUUCACCGCUACUUUUUACUAGCUUCUUUACUUCGAUCCUUCUUCCUUUCAUUCGUUAUUCAUUUGUUCCUUCGUUCUUUCAUUUAAUCUUUAUUUUAUGUAUUCGUAUAUCAUCGAUCCAUGUUCCCAAUGCGGCUCCGUACUAUAAUCAAUGAACAAGUGUAUAUCUGCUCUUCAAAUGAUCACUAUUGAAACCACAAACAAUAAUACUUGAACUUUAUUUACAGACGUUUGUCACAACAACACAUGUGCACACUACUCAAACUGUCGAGCCACAUCGAAGCAAUCGUAUACCUGUCUUUGUCCUCGAGAAUAUUUCAGUCAAGUUAGCAAAGUUUGUGGCAGUGAUGGUCGAACAUAUCGCAAUGAAAAGACUUUACAACAGGAAUCGUGUCUCAGACAGGUUUCCAUUAAUGUGACUCACAAAGGUGUUUGUGGUAAGUUAUGGAACUGAAUAAUUAACUGAAUUCAAGUUUAUAAGUUUGAGGCAAUCAUGUAUAUUAGAAAACAUGUUUUGUUACUGUGGUUCGAAUAAGUACAUGUAAUCCCCGAGCAAAAUGAUUAAAGACCCAAUGUUUCGACAUCGUGACGAUGUUUUUGGUAUAUUGCAUGGUUAGAGCAUGUGGCCUGGUGGCUUUCAUCCCUGCGAACGACAUUCGAUUCCCGGAUAUUCGAUUAUGUAUCUGAUCAUCAUUUGGCCUCAAAUGCAAGCUGCCAGUUUGACUCUACUGAGCACAGCAGAUUUUCUCCAAGUAGUCCCGUUUCCUCCUGUGUUACUACUGGACAGGACCAAUAAAGGAUUAAUCUUCCUCAGUUCCUCUAUCAUUAAGGAAAACAAUUUAGAACCAAAUGAGUUAUCAAGCAUAAAGUCAGCCUUGUUUCCUCAUUUGGUAACACGAGAUUAGUAACGAGUCGAAUGCUCAAUAGCACUUCCUGAUGCUCUAAUGGGAACAGCGUAGAUGUGAUAGAGCUAUCCAAUAUUAAUAAAUUUAGUUUGGUUGAGAUUGCCUACUAUUGUAACAUGGGAGGAAGGAUUUUAGACAGAAAUGAUAGAUUGUGUCAGCAACACUUCCACAUGAGAGAGUUUGGCAAGAUAACGUUACAAAAACAGCGUCACGUGAAUCUAUAACGGGAAGACAUGUUGAGCAACCAUCUGUCACCACCACAAACUCAGUAUGUGCAAGAUGAUAUGCACACUGGCAAAAAGUGUCAAUUGCGCCUCCAUACUUCGUUCUCUUGCUCAAACUCUCUAGUCGUGGUGUUUUGAAAACGUGCCUACUGGGUUUUUUCUAGGUCCAUGCAGGGGCAGAUCAUGUGACUUCAAUGCGGAGUGUGUGGCUAUGGGUGAUGGCACCGCGUUGUGCCGCUGUCCAGAGCGAUGUUUCGCUGUCCCCAAGCCUGUGUGCGGUAGUGAUGGACAGACGUAUAAAGAUGAAUGUGAAAUGAAGAGAGCGUCUUGUAUUAAGAAGCAGCCUAUCACGCCUGUGAAUCAGGGAGAAUGCCGUAUGUAUUUUGAGGGUUUAUUUUUCUUACAAUACUGAUAUGACAAGACGGUGUUGUGUUUUGUAUUGUAAAAAGUCAAUAAUAAUUCAUGAAGAAAAUUCAAAAGGAAUCAAUGUUUAAUUGACGUGUUGUAUACACAUAUACAAAAUUCUCCUGAUUUACAUAAACCUUUUUCUCGAUUUUCAGUUAAAAUUACUUCUUUUUUAAUAGUUUCUUAAAACAUAGCCAUUGGAAUUAUUACGUUUCACAAGUUAUUAAUAGCAUUUGCGUCCGCGCUCUACCAUGCAGAUAUAAAAUUGAGUGGUUAUGGGGCCCCCUUUCCAAAUUAAGGCCACUCCUUUCCAAAUUAUACAUGUCCCCCCGUUCACAAAUUAAGUGGCCUUCCUUUCCAAAAUUAGGACUUCCUUGGUUCCCAAAAUAAGCCCCACCCUCCAAAUUAGUUGACCUUAUUUCGAAAAUAAGAGGGGCUUUCGAAAAAAAUUAGGAAAUACAAAGCUCAAUGUGUCUGAACCUUGCAUUCGUUCUAUUACAAAUUUCAAAAGAGUUGUCGAUUAACAACAAAAACAAAUUAAACUAUAUCCCUGAAUGUAAUUGAAUGAAUAUUAUCUACCACAUACAAUAUAAUGAAAUGAAUAUAAUGAAGUGAAUAAAUAUUUUCUGCCGGUGGACCGUUGCUGCACGAUAUUUAUAAAACCUACGUUUAAACUGACUACUUCUUCAAAUAUUCUAGCCACUCCACCCGAAGACGUCGACAUCAUUUACGCUCUGGGCUCGAUCGACAAAAACCACGGUCCCUUGUUUGAAAUACAGAAAAAUAUCACGAAAGCAAUUGUCGAGCAACAGAGUUCUCCGGAAACAAAACACGGUCUCAUUGUUUUUGGAAAAGAUACCAAGGAAGUUAGUCCUUUGGAAAAUUUUAAGAACGAACCAGAACUUGUCGAAAAGCUGCAGGGUUUGAGAUGGCCAUCCGAAGCAAAACGAUUAGCACCUCCAUUUGAGAAAGGCUCUCAGAUAUUUAAGGAACAAGGUAAUAAUACUGAAAAAGUCAUGGUAUUGACCGAGAUAUGUGUCACGAUUUAGGAACAGUUACUACGUUUGGACUUUUAGGAUUAGAGAAAGCCUUAGAUUUAGGAUUAAGAUUAGAGUUAGGAUUAGAGUAAGGGUUAGGGUCAGGGUUAGGUUUAAGUUUAAAAUACAAAAGAGUACAAAAUACCAAAGUGUAAAGAUGGUAGCUCUUCCUAAAACGUGACAAGUAUAGGUUUAAAUGAGAAAAUACGCGAUUCCAAUUUGGUAACUUUUGCACCAAGUGAAUUUUUAUUCAACUGGCCCCAGGACGGCAGCAAUACCCAUAUUGCUGAAAUAUAUACCGAAAUAUCUAUUGCAUUUGAAUUCAUAUCAGUUAGAUACAUGCUUAUUAUUGCUGCGCCCCAUACAGAAUCGUACAUUCUAAUUCAUAAGAUAAUAAGCGCCAUUUGGUUUACCAAUUUGUAAUAACAUUUACUAAUAGUUGCUCUUCUGCCUCCACCUCCAUCUUUGUACGGCCAUUGAAUAGUCUAUGAACGUCGUAGGUAUAUAACGCCAUCAAUUCUUCUUUAAGGUCGUCCAGGUUCGCGAAAAUUCCAGGUCAUAUUCAUAACUGGGCAGCUGGACAGUCCGACUGACCCAGUCCCUCUCCAGAAGGCAGCGAAAAAAGUGCAUGAUUCAGGAGGCAAGAUUAUCGCAUAUAAAUUAAAUGAUCUCGCCAGCGAUGUUAGAGUCAUACCUAAAGAUCAGAUCAUCAAGGUUAGCGCGAAAGAUGACCCAUGGAGAUUGGCAAUGCUGUUUGAUUUCCAGACAAGAAAAUGUGAGAAAUAUAUCUUUAUUAGAAUUGAAUAAUUCUUGUUCCACAGCUUCUUUACAAGGACUUAAAUUGCAAAACAAAUGUAUGGCUCAAUUCUUUCCGUCAAUUUCCCACUCCCGGGCAAAUAAAGAAGGUCAAUUCCCCACCCCGCGAAAAACAUUCCCAAAACAUUGCGCACAAACAUGUUAACAUAAUUUCACAAAGCCAAUCUCACUGACAUUCGUGGUUCCACCAGCAAUUCUGUCGCCGAUUAUUCUCCUCCUGGAAAAUGUGAUCGAAUGAAUGGCAUGCAAAUGACUUAGAAUUGUUUACUUCUUGUGUGCGCGUUUGUCGGUUUGCCAAGUCAAAUCCGAGCGGUCUUUGUAGUUCAAUGACUUAGUGCUCCUAUCCCUAACCCUACUCCUAACCCUAACUAUAUUCGAUUGUGAAUUUGACUCAGACGUUUGACUCGGGUUUGGAAUUGACUCGGAUUUGACUUGGUAAAUGGAUUUACUCUUUUGUGUACGAAUUUACUCAUUAAUUUGCAUCCGUCAGAAACACAAAAUCGCUGACAAAAUUGCUAGUGUUAAUCAGGCUUAAGGCUAUUAAAAGUUUUUCUUGCAACUUGCAACGCGAUUUCUGAUCAACAGGCAUGUUUAAGUAUGUAAGAAAACAAAUAACAGGAUAUUGUAACAGGAAAAACUUGACCAUGCAUAAGUUUAGCUAUAUUUCUACUGUAUAUAUACUGAAUGUCAGUAAAGACCACUCCUUUCCUAGGUUUACCGUAAUUAUAAUUUCGGAAAAAGGAACCUAUAGUUAGGGAACAUGUUUGACUGACUAUCUAAUUUUUGAAAAUGUCUUUCAGCUCCUUGUGAGAUUCUCAACUGCCAAAAUUAUGCAAUAUGUAAAGCACCAGCCAAUCAGCAGGUUCGUUGUGAAUGUCCCACGUGUCCAAAACGUAAAGAUCCCGUAUGUGGAAGUGAUGGAAAGACAUACGAUAAUGAAUGUGAAAUGCGCAGAGCCUCGUGUUUGGCAGCGAAACCAUUGAGUGUGAAGUCGAAAGGAAAAUGCGGUAAGAUAUUGGCUUUCACACACCCAAGUGACCUAACCUCGAGAUGUGAGAUCCGAUUGGCAGUACCUUAUCUAAUAAAUUACAGUUGUCAAACCUUAUCGCUACAACUUACGAAAUUCUGACAUAAACCUAAAUCUUCCUUUUCCUGAAACGGAAUAUGUAAAAGAGAGUAUUAUAGGUUUUACAGAGGUGCCAAAUUAUAUAAUUCACCAGUUGAAAUUAGAAACGCUGAGAGCUUAGCAAAUUUUAACUCGCUUCUACGUGCAACUAGCCUGAUAUAAUUUCAUUUGUCACAAAGCAUAAGCCAGUACUGUCGCAAGCAAAUUGUUAUCGGGGGGGGGGGAGGAGGGGGCAUUCUACCUGAAAUUUGAUUUGUUUUUUUUGGCUCGACAACUAAUUGCGUUGCGAAUUUAAUAUUUUUGUUGCGGCUUAAAUAUUUCUUCAUUUUUUUUUCAGAAAAACAAGAGGAAAGCGUGGUUUUCGUCGUGGGCUCUGGCGGUCCAAAUGCGCAAAAAGUCUUCCAACAUCAAAAGGAAGUUGUCAAAGAAUUUAUCAACAACAAAACAAAACCAAACACAACUUUUACCGUCAUCACUUAUGGUCGAGAUACAACCAAAACCUGGACUGUGAACGAACCGAAUAAAGAAAAACGGAAUAAACGUAUUGACUCUGUAUCCUGGAAUGGCCACGGAACAAGUCUUCACUUGGGAUUGGAAGAAGCUUAUGACGUACUUCGAAAGAAAAAGCCCAAGACUCGAAAACGGGUUUAUAUUUUCGUUACUCCAGUAGCAAAUGUUGGAAGCGAGCCGGUUAAAAAAGCUGCGAGUAAACUCUUGGACGAUGGAACAGAGUUGAUUACGAUUCUAAUAACAGAUGGUGACGGAGAGAAAGGGAAGAAGGUUGUACCGAGGACCAAGUUUGUGGUGAAGAGUCGUGUUCGUGAUGAUCCAAAAAGAUUGGCGCAACUGUUGGUCAUUACGUUUUAUUUUGGUAAGAUAUUUGGACUUGAACCAUUUGCAUUAUAGACUAAAUUUUGAUCUAAACAAGUCUAGACAAAAAUUUCAUAACAGCUUGAAAGAGCAUCACAAAAUUAGUAAUAUUCCAAAGUUUCGUUGCGAAAUGUUGUAAAAUGCGGAUAAUAUAGCCUUGCGAAGUUUGCCGCCUUUCAGUCAUUUUGCAUUACCCGGGGGGAAAUUGACAGGCCAAUACCCUUUGGGGCUGUCAAUUUCCCGUUUGUAAUAGAAAAUGACUGAAAAACGGGAAAAUUCGCAAGGCUUUGUUAUCCGCAUUUUACAACAUUUCGCAACGAAACUUUGGAAUAUUAUUAAUUUUGUGAUGCUAUUUCAAGCUGUGAUGAAAUUUUUGUCUAGACUUGUUGAGAUCAAAAUUUAGUCUAUAAUGCAAAUGGUCCAUUGCAGCAUAUUUGUUCCUGGUGAAGCGAGGAUGGGAUUUGGCAGUCGCCAAUUUUUUUUGCCAAGAUAAAAAAAUUAGGGAAAUGGGAAUUGUCUAUUCUGGUCGCCUACGCACGUAAAAAUGCACAGGUUGUAACAAACCUACAGCAGAUUUGUAGCAGUACUGUUCCAACAACUUGUCAACAUGAUGUGCUCGCACUGCUUGUUGACAACUUGCCACAAGGUUGUUAUAAAAACUUGUUAUCGCCCUGCAAUUCAACAAUUUGUCAACAUGUUGUGAGUGGCAACCUUGUAGCAACUUGAUAAAAUCACAGCAUUGUUGCAACUUGUUGACAAGCUUGCUGACAAGUUGUGAGAUUUUUACGUGUGUAGUCCUCUACUGUGUAAAGGCCCGUUUCCACUUGCAAAUUUUGCGAUUUCUAGUGCGAUUUUCUUCUUCUGAUGAUGGAUGUGAACGAGUAGAUGAGUUACGAAUGUUCUAGGAUCCACUCGUUCACAUCCAUCAGAAGAAGGAAAUUGCACCUGGAAUUGCAGCAAAAAGGGUUAAGGUGGCUCGAUAUAGUUAUCACAAAAAACCCUGCUCAAGAAUCGCGAACUCAAAACCGGGUGACCAUUUUUACGCGCAUGUCGCGGAAACUGAUUAACAAAAUGAGAGAACUUCCAAAAUGACCUGACGUGAGCAGUUGCUCGCGCCAUAUCACGCCAUUGCGCAUGUUCUAUAGCGUUUUAUAUCAAUUGCUGACGUCAUUAAAAUUUUCCAUUUUGGAAAAACAAUGCGCUAUAUCUAUUUUGUCUGGUGACCUAUGUUCAAAUUUUGCAUGCUGUAUUGCACCGCUAAAAUCUUUCUUUAUACGAAAAAUAAAAAAAUUCUGUAAUGCCAACAAAAUUUUACCGAAGAAUACGACAUUUUCGCAUUUUCCAAAAAAAUGGCAUUACAGAAUUUUUUUAUACUUUGCUAAUUGUUAGCUUUUCGUCGAAGUAAAAUAAUGCACGAAAAAAAUUGUGGGUCACCAUGCUUUUUUUCCAACUAUACGAGACGAUAGGCCAUUUUGGAGUGAAUUUCGUACACGUAUGUCGUCAUAGCAACGAAUUAUCUGUUGCUAAAACUAAUAUAAUUUGAAAGUAGAGUUAUCAAAAUAUAUAAAAAACCCAAUAUCUGCUGAAUAAAUCCUAAAAAUGCGUAGUUUGAACAUGUCAAAGUGUUAGACACCUGAAUUUUUGAAAACUGUAUCGAGCCACCUUAAACGGGGCUUAAUAAGAGCAACUAAUGCAAUUAUAUAUUUUGCCCAUGCAUGAUUUAUUAACCAUGCUUAUGUCAUUCUUGCCUCUCUAGAUCCUUGUGUUAGACUCAACUGUAGCAAGUAUUUCGGCUCAUGCGUACUAUCAAUACACAGUGCACCUGAAUGUAAAUGUCUUCAUGACUGUGGCUACCAAGACCGCCCUGUGUGUGGUGAAGAUAAAAAUACGUAUUUCAGCGAUUGUGCUCUCAUGAGAGACACCUGUAUACGAGAAAUACCAAAUAAUGUCAAACACCAUGGACAGUGCAGUAAGUGGACAUUGUUUUACACUUAAAGAACAUUGGCAAUAAAAAAAUAGUGCAUGUGUCUCAUUCAAAAGAACUCUUAAAAUUAUAUAUUAAACUCUAUUACCGAUUUGUCAUAUCUUGCUUAGUUCUCGAAAUAUUUGGAUCGAAAUUAAUGAGCUGUUCGCCAUCUUGGACGAAUUCUUGACCUCAUUAACUAUGGUUUUGAUGACGUCAGGAGUUAGGUUAACCAUAUAAAACUACUCCAAAAUGACCGGGUAACAAUCCAAAAUUGUUUGAAAUGUUUUUAAUAUCAUUUCUAAAUUUCAGACAGCAACCAGAAACGAAGUUUUGGACCCAUGUUGAUCGCUUAAUCUCAAGAUAAAAAAAUUAGCGUGACCCCUCUCUUGACGUAACAUGCAUAUCCUCAAUAAUCCAAGAUGGCGAACAGCUAACUUUUUUCAGUCGAAAUAUUUUGAAAACUAAGCAAGAUAUAAACAAUCUGUAAUAGAGUUUAAUAUAUAAUUUUAAGAGUUCUUUCAAAUGAACUAAACUAAUUUUUUAUUGUUACUGAGGUCAUUUAUAUAACGGUCCGUUGAAUGGUAUACUACCAAGAUUUAGUAAUUAUAAAUUAAAGAGUUUUUAUAUUUAUUGCGAGGUACAUAUCUGUAUAGUUUCACAUAUCUGUCGUUUCAGAACACUGUCACAACUUGAACUGUCCUCCGUACAGUAAAUGUAUGUUAAGCAACUCGGGACAACCGUACUGCGCAUGUCGUGAUGUCUCAAAAUGUCCGCGAGAGUACAAGAGGUAUUGCGACCAAGACAAGAAGGUUUAUAGAAACUUAUGCGUGCUCAAAGCUGAAGCAUGUACGGCCAAUAAAACCGUCAAGAUUGCUGAUGCAAGUAAUUGUGGUACGUAUUUUGUUGAAGUCAUUGUUUGAUAUAACUAAACACUUGACCAUUCUAAAGUAAAUAAGUAAACUGUAUUUCAGUAAACUUAGCAUUGUAUUAACGCUCUUGUAAGCAUAUUUAUAACUUCAUUAUUUAACAUUUGUUUUCUGAUUUUAGCUGCCCGAUUUUUCUCCGAAAAUUCAUAUAUGAGCCUACGAUCCCCGUACGAUCUCCGUGGUGAUAGAACAGAGUUGGUACUUCAUGUUCGCCCAAUGAAAGACACAGGAGUAUUGUUUUAUACAGACUCCGCGAGUUCUACGGAUUUCCUGGGCCUAGCUUUAAAGGAUGGUUAUCUUGUCUACCGGUUAGUUUAAUUCUAAUCUACUUCGACGUUUACCAUACAAUACCAUAGUGACACCAUAGUGAUACCAUACCAUACCAUACCAUACCAUACCAUACCAUACCAUACCAUACCAUACCAUACCAUACCAUACCAUACCAUACAAUACAAUACAAUACAGUACAAUACAAUACAAUACAAUACAAUACAAUACAAUACAAUACAAUACAAUACAAUACAAUACAAUACAAUACAAUACAAUACAAUACAAUAAAAUACCAUACCAUACCAUACCAUACCAUACCAUACCAUAUCAUAUCAUAUCAUAUGUCAUAUCAUAUCAUACUAUACCAUAUCAUACCAUAUACCAUACCAUACCAUAUCAUAUCAUAUCAUAUCAUAUAUAUAACCAUGGCGGUAUGGUAUGGUAUGGUAUGGUGUGGUAUGAUAUGUCAUACCACACCAUACCAUACCAUACCAUACCGCCAUGGUUUUAGUCGUGGUUUUAUGGCUGAACUGCCUGAAAAAGAUUAAUAUAAAAAAAAUACAAUAUACUAUAUCUAAUGAAAAAAUUGCCGUUAUUCUCGCACUCUGAUAUCUGGCUAACUCUCGUUGACCACCAUCUGUUGCACUACUAUUCAUAUUUUACUGUUUCAUAUUUCAGGCAUGACGUUGGGUCGGGCCCAGUGGAAGUAAGAAGCGAUGAAAGGCUGACAAUGAAUCGAUGGCAUAAAAUUAGAAUCGUACGACGCGGAAACGCAGCUGACUUCAGUGUAGAUACGACUACGGCGAGGAAUAAAAGAUCGAUCACUCCAAGUUCCAUCUUGAAUGUAGACGAUCGCGUUUAUCUUGGGGGACUGGAAGCAAGGAAAGGAAGGUAUAGUCAUUAGACCAGUCAUUAAUCUAUUUUCUGUGACGAUUUGAUGGUCUGGAAACCACCCGGCAAACUUCGAAGACAUAAAAUAGAAGACCUUUGUUUAAUGUUGAACUGAACAUCGCCGUGUACAACUCUAUUUCAUUAAUUAAAUACCAGUGGUGUCAAGUAACGAAGUAAAUGUACUUCGUUACUGUACUUGAGUACUAUUUUAGAGAAGUCAGCAUGUAACAAAGUAAACUUUUUCUGGAGUACUUUUACGUGGAGCGAAGUCUUUUAAGAAGUAACGUUUUACUUCGUUAUUUUCAUUUUGUGGCGAAGUAUUUCGUUACUUUCUAACUUUUGUUUAAUUUUACGUAAUUCACUUUAAUUUUGGGAUAGGUAAUGGGACCUCUACAUGUGUCUGGGAUCUCUCGUUUGUGGCUUACUUAUAAGUAUUAUUUAUUUAAUGAGUUUCUUAUAUCUUCAACGGGGUCUGGAAAGUAGACCAUGUCAUGAUAUAUUGCAUAUUUAUAAUGCGUGUGCCGUAUUUUUUUUAUCUCAAUAUCCAUAAAUGGAGAAGUCCCCUCCCUACACGCUACAGACAAUAGUACUUUUACUUUGUACUUUAAGUAUUUUUUAAGGAUACUUUGUACUUUUUACUUAAGUACGUUUUGCCUCCAGUACAUACUUUUUACUCUUACUCAAGUCGUUUUAUUGUCAAUUACUUCUACUUUUACUCGAGUACAAAUUCAAAGUAAUUUAGGCACCACUGUUAAAUAAUAAUCUUCAUCGUGCUAGCACGUUUCAUCUCAGCUAUCCCUAUUGGACGAUUACUUCAUCAUACAAAAUGCAAUGAGUUCAAUCACAAUUAGCUUAAACCCAGAAAAAACAUUACACAAUGACCUCUGUUCAGUUUCCACACCAUCAUAUCUUGAUAGCCUAUGAUCAAUCGAACAAUCCAGUAUAAAUAAAGUUGCUUUAGGUUUCAUCCUGAAUAAAAGUGGAUCAAUAAAGGAUGUCCUUUACCGUACUGUACCUUUAGGAAGAACAGUUUACAACUGAUAGAGCUGCUUGCUCCAAACAAUGUUUGUUUAGUCCAGCUUAAAACAACCGUCAACCGAACAACCGCGGUUGAUAAGUAGUGUUUUUCUGCCUUAGACUAGAAAAGAGUCUUGGAAUAUCAGCUGGCUACCACGGGUGCCUAAAAGGUCUUGUAUUGAAUAGCGAACAAUACGAUUUGCUGUAUCCUGGGAAACAUGUCAUACGUCAGCAAAAUGUGCGAAGUUGCGCCGACAAUCCUUGUGAAAAGCGGCCUUGCGAAAAUGGUGGGAAAUGCCUGUUUUCGGGAGAGUCGUACAGAUGUCUAUGCCCGCGAGGAUUUGUGGGUAGACGUUGUCAGGGCAAAGGUAAAGUAUUACAGUGAUGUCUAUGUAAGAAAGACAUCUGUCCAUCUGCACAUGCAGACUGUAUAUUAGCCAAAUGCAAGGUAUAGAGGGUCAAUCAAAUGCUAGUAGCAACUGCAGACAUUAGCAGGUGGAUUGGUAAUUAGCAGACGCUUACAGCUAGUUCACCUAAGACAAUACUACCCAGACGCAAUGUAUAGAAAGUCAAUCAAAUGGUAUAGUAGUUACUGCAGACGCUAGCAGAUGGACAGGUGUUUACCAGGAUACUUACCGAUGGUGCACUAACGCCGUCUUGUCCACAAUCAAUGCCAAGAGGGUUUAGGAAAUGCUAUAGCAUCCAUUGCAGAUACAAGCAAGUCUAGCGAGUGGACAAGUGGUUAACAUAUAUUUACAAAUGGUGACAGUUAAGAGAGACAUACCAAUAAGACGGAAAAAACUUAAAAGAACUUUUUGUCUAAUUAAUUAAAACUAGAUAUAGUUAAAGCGUGUAUUUCAAUUGAGCAUUUUAUACUGUACUACCUAAGGUGGUCAAAUAUAAUGAAAUUUAAGGAAGUGAGAAAUGUUUCUUGCCAUCAAACACCAGGACCGGUUGUUCGAUCCCCGAUAAGCUAAAUCCUAUGUUAACCUAAAAUUCAAAGCGAACUUCCCAACACCUUGUUUAUAAAUUUGGAAAUAUUUCUUUAGAAAUUUUGUCUGGAUCAGUAGGAGCUUUCUUCUCUGAAGUUUUGAAAUAAACAGACGUGCAGAAAUGCAUAAACUAAACAGCAGAUUAAAUUUUAACCCAGGGCUAGCGCUAAUCUAGCGGUAAUCCAGCUUUGAAAAACCGACCCCGGGACAAAACUGAUAUGGCUUUCCUUUUAGUGCUGCACUGUCACACUUUGUUAAUGUGGAAUUCAUUCUAGUCCAUUUUUAUUCCAAUUUCAACAUAUUCUAUUUUUCUUUGAUCAGAUCGUGCGGUUUAUCUCCAAGGAAGUAGUUCUUAUCUUGCUGUUCCUGCGAUGAAGGGGAGAUGGCUAUUCACGUUAUCUAUGGAAAUUAGACCCAAGGAAAGAGACGCUUUGAUAUUUUCUGCCACUGCUCGAAGUUAUGGCGAGGAUUGCUUGAUUUUCGAUAUGAAUGAUGGACGUUUGGAACUGCGGUAUGUUCUUAGAUACUUGGUCUUGGAUAUGGAACUAUGGGAAUAGCAGGGAUACAUUUACGGAGGGAAGGGGGGAUAGGGAUGCGCUCUCCUCCCAGCCUUGGAAAAUGGGGUAUGUGCAACGGGGUGCCAAUUUCGUUAUCAAACGCGAUAACAAAAACAAAAGUGGAAUUGAGACAAAAUUAGAUGGUAACAUGAUUGUGAAUUGUCAAGCAAGACUUCAGACUAGUACCUUGUUGCCGUAUAACUCACUCACUCUAGUAGUUCUUCGACGGUCGCAAUUGGAUUUAGCAUUUUCUUUGACAAGUCAAGUUUUAGUACUGACUCGUGCGCAUGGUCAUAUUUUUAGCCUGCAUGGUUUGAUCUUUCUCAUCAUCCGAAAUAUACAACAUUUUAGAACUGAAAACAUGCGGAGUGAUUAUUAGAGAAUACUUAUGAUUUAUAUCUGGUACAAGUAUAAACUAUUGUAAACUGGCCGUUGAGAAAGAUCGUGACUCUAUUUUUUUUUUUUUGAGAAAUUUGGUGUUAUAUUCGUAAAGAAAUAAUUUGAUUCGAUAAAAAUUAAUUUGUGUCAAUAACGUCCAUAUUAGUCAUAAAUGGUAUUCAGUAUAGAAAACGAACUUAACAUUUAUUUAAAUCAAUAGGACUUUGUAUCAGAUAUACAAGCCCCUUCGUGUUCUCAUGAUUACCUUUGUGUUUUUUUCGUAAAUUAUUAAUGUGAUUUCAACUUACACUUAAAUUUUAUUGUAAUUACUUAUCAUCGAAAAUUACAAGCGAAACAAGUUGAUGUCCUCGACAGUUAGUUUAAUUUUGAUGUUCUUUUCUAGACUGAACGUAGGAACAGGACUCAAUAUAUUCCGUACAAGUCAGAGAUUGGCACUGCAUGUCUGGCAUAAGGUAGCCAUCACCAGGGAUAGCGAUGGAGUGAGUUUGAUCGUAGAUGACGAAGUCAUUCAUAUGACCAGCAAACCUAGUUCUCUGGGUGUACGUUUGCGCGGAAAUAUGACUUUUGGAGGAAUUAUUGAUGCCUUAGACAGGUAAGGAAUAUAUAUAUAGUGGAUAUUACACGGCAGCGCGAAGAUAUGACUUUAUCUUCCAGUGUUUUUAACACGAGAAGAUGAAAGUCAUAUCUUCAAUAAGCCACCGUGUAAAGUUCUGUUUAUUAUAUAGUCCAAACCAAAAAAUUGUGAAAUUUCACGCUCAAAAGCAAAUUGUCAAAUUGUCACGUGAUCAAUAUCUUCACUAGUGAAGAUAUGGAAAAUAUCUCCCUUGGAAUUUUUCAGUAUCUCACUCUCUACUAUAUAAUAAAUAUAUAUAGUUCCUUGCUGUUAGCCAGCGUGGUUAGAUGCCCAAUAUUCUGAUAUGUACCCAUUCCCCUCUCUGUUGAAUUAAGUUACACGAGAUCAACAAAAGAUGUGCCUAAUACUGGAGCUCUUGAGAGAAUAUUUUUGGUAGAACUGAAAGAGCUAUCUAUAUUGUGUAAAUAAUUAGUGUAAUAAUAUAUACUCCUUUUAAUGAAAUGUCAUUCGCCAUUUUAUUCAUUCAUUUAUCUUUUUUUUCGUAGAAUUCUCGUGCGCUCUAAUACUGGUUUCCAGGAAUUCGCCUUUACUGGAUGUUUAAGAAACAUUAUCUUUACGGAUUACAUCAUCGACUUAAAUAAUCCAAGCGAGGACUUAGCUAGAUAUUCAGGGGUAAAGACUUGCACGUCUUGUGUUGGUGAUCCAUGCGGUUCCCAUGGCAACUGCAUCAGCCAAUCUGACAUGACAUUCAAGUGUGCCUGUUUCGAGAACUUUGUCACGGAUCUAUGUGAAUUCAGAGGUAUAGUAUAAACUGAACUGAACUAAACUCAUUUGAUUUAUAUACUGAGUAACUCCAUCAUGGUCAGUUCUAAACUAUUCUCCCUAGAGGUCUAGUUAAGAGCAUUCCCAUUUUGAGUAGUGAAAGUUUUACCACAUUAGGAACUAUCAUUUAUAUUGAGUUUUUAUAUUCUGUUAGCUCUAAAUUGUUCUCCCUAGAGGUUCAGUAAAGACCAUCUUUUAUCGAUCCAGUAUUACUUCAAGGAGAAACGAGAGUAUAUAUACUAACUUUAUAAAUAUGAAUAGCUCUAUCAGUUCCAAACUCUUCUCUCUUGAAUGUGCAAAUAGGGCAUUUCCUUUCGAUCCAGUUUUACAACCGAGGAAGAGUAUACCCGUAGGAAACCUACUGUUUUUCAGUUUUUGGUUGAGGCAAACCACUGAACUACGAAACGUCUGUUCUAAAAAUGGAUCAGUUUUGCUUCUAAAUAUAGCUCUUCCCCUUCCAUUGACUUUCUCAUUGACAAGUAAAUUCAUGUAAAUAAAAGCCAAGCACCUAUUUGAUAGUUUUUAAUCUUCACUAUUAACAUGUACACUUUAAUUUCUAGAGAAACCUCUGAAGUUCAAGUCGAUGGAUUCCUACAUAUCUUUCCCUCUCCUGCAAGGAAAUGAAAACUUCAAAAUAUCUUUAGAAAUUAAGCCUGAAAUACCAAAUGCACUUGUUCUCUACAUGAACGGCAAGUAUAACCAAGACCACUUUGCUAUUGCAAUCAUCGAUGGAAUAUUACAGUUAAGGUUAGUAUGGAAAAGUCAGACGACGACUGUUGAAACCAUAUAUCAAAUUAUUCUCAUAAUAGACAAUUCCCAUUAUAGACUAAUUUUAAAACUAGGCAAGGAGACUCCAAUAAAUCACCCCAGCUAGAAAGAGUAAACUAAAAUUAGUAAAUUUGCAAAGUUUGGUUGUGAAAUGUUGUAAAAUGCGGAGAAUAUAGCCUUGCAAAGUUCGCAUAUUUUGUAUACUUUUGUAUUGCGUGCGGAAAUCGAUCCUACCACAUUUAGGCCGAGAAUGGUCGCAGGCAAUACAAAAGUAUACAAAAUUUGCGAACUUUGCAAGGCUAUAUUUUCCGCAUUUUAUAACAUUUCGCAACCAAACUUUGCAAAUUUACUCAGUUGUUGUGAUUUAUUUGCAUCUCCUUGCUUAGUUUUAAAAUUAGUCUAUAAUGGGAAUUGUCUAUUAAUUAUUCAUGAUUUCGGAUAGAAACGUAAAACACUAAAAGCAGGAUCGGAAAACAUAUAAAAUGUGAACGAAAUAACUAUAAAAUAAACUAAAUUUUUAAAAUAAACUAAGUCUUUCUUGAUUGACCACAAUCUAAAACUAUAGGUAGAGUUAGUUUAGUUUGCUGUACUUUCUCAGCAAAGAUACAUAUACCAUUGUCUGUGAAGAUAUGAUUGUCUGUAUAAGCAAGGCAAACAUCAAGCACACAAAAUAGAAAUCGAAAGCGUUUAUUUAAUGUUGAACUGUACCUCGCCGUGCACAAAUCCUUUGUCUCAACUUCAUUAAAUAUUUGUAGAUGUUGUCAUGUAAUAUAUGAACAAUACGAGCGAGUGUUUCACCGGGAUUUCAUACAUUGUUUUCUCGUCUUUGGAUAUCCCGAUGAAACACUCGCUCUCGCUGUUUAUAGACUUUAUAUGGCUUCUCAAAUGAAUCGAGACGUAACAGAAUGUUUUCGUUUGCUGAUUUAAAUAGAAUUCUUAACAUAACGUAAUUAGGAAUUCUAUUCAAGUAAUUUUCCAUGCGUAAUUACGAUAUUUGAUGAAAACACUAGUGACUUUUACCAAGUUUCACCGGGUUAUCCAAAUGACAUCUUUUGAUCAAAUAGGUGAUUAUCAUUGGCUGAAUUGCUCAUGAAUUAUUAAUGAAUUUGAGAAGUAUAGUUGUUUCAUCUGCUAUAAUUUUCUCCUGUGUUAACACUGGAUUAAUACUGGAGAUUCUAAGGACUAAGAAGAAGAAGAGCAGUUUUAUCUUAGUUCCAUGCGAGAAGAGUGCUUUUAGUUUGACCCUACCAAGCCAGCGCCGCAGAUGCCUUUUAAAUGUUCGUCCAUGUUUCGUAAACAAGACUCUACCAAGCAUCACAGGUUAUUUCUGGGUUGUCUAUGGAGAAGACUUUAUAACCGAUAAAGCUAUCCACUGCAGACAAAGUUAAUUAAUUGAGUUAAACAAUUCUCUCUUUUCAAAUACAGAAUGAAUGCAGGUGGUGGUCAGGUCAUAGCACGCUUUGUGCAGCCACUGGCCCUAUCUACGUGGCACAAGAUCGACGUGGAAAGAAAUGAGAGAAGAGUGACAAUGACUUUAAAUGAUGGCCUGGAAACGACAGGUGUCCUUUCUGGACGUUUUACUGUCCUCGAUUUUCAAGGCCAAAUGUUCGUUGGCUAUCCAGGUACUCCUGUCGGAAGGUGAGUUUGUAUCAGACAUAUUUCGCUAUUCUGGUUUAAAUAAAAGGAUGUAAUUCCCGAACAAAUUCAUGACUCAAGACAACAGGCGAAUUUUAUCAAGCAUAAAAGCUCUGCACACGAUUAAACAGACAUACCUUAUUGGAUAAUUUGCCUAACGAAUAUUAAAAAGUGUUCUUGACAAUUAGUAUUUUUGUGUCAUUCUUACAAAUAAUUUACUCAUUAAACGUAGCUAAGCAAUUACUUAUGAAUUAUUUAACAAUUAUUUUACCUAUAAUCAUUACUUCAUUCGCAAUUAAUUAUCAAUUGAGAUUAACCGAAUUUGAACUUCGACAAUUAUUAUGUUUUUAGAAUCAUUGCCAGAGAGCAGGUUCCAAUCGCAUACCUACAGUUUAUCGGAUGUUUCCGAAGGUUCUACGUGAACGAACGAAGAUACAACCUGGCGUAUCCGAUGGGAGAUAUUCUUAAACAAAUUGAUGUUGAAGAUUGUGACGCCAGUUAGUCAUAAUACAAUGCCCAGCGGGUAAACUUUCUAAGCAUGCGCUAGCAAGGGAAAAGAGAGGGAAGA